AGACUUGGUGUUGGUGCGCAUCUCUCCGACCGGGAAUACCGAUUUGUGAACAUCUCGGCCUGUUCCCCGCUGCACCGUGAAGCCGUGUUUUCUGCAGGGGGAGCGGGUGCGUGGCGGUGGCGGGGCCCGAGUGACAGAUUAUCGGUCAGUGUUAUGACAGACGGGGAUGGGGAUCAUCCAGGAGGAGCCGUGUUUGUUUGGUAUGGCGAUAUGAGGCAGGGGGUGGAGAGCCGCCACAGAGACGCUGGGCUCCGGCCAAACAUCUCCGCAUUUUAGCACCUAUUCGAUGCUCGGGAUUUGCAUUGCAUUGCAUUUGCUGCAUCGCUGAUCGGCCUCUGUUUCUGCACAGUGCAUCGUGGAAAAUGCUGCCUGUUUGAGGACACCCUCCCUCCAGUUAUUCGCUGCUGCCAUGACAGGCAGAGGUCUCCUCUCGACCGCGGCUCGACCGGCUGGAGAAGAGGCGGAUUGAUUCGGGACGGCGGGUCUCAUCUGCGGAUGUUAUUGUGUCUGCGGAGCCUGAAAACACCAUCCGCGCGAACACACCGUGAAUCUUACUCAGGGAAAAAGGCAAGAAAACAACAUGUCCUCUCGAUCUGCAUUACCGUCUGGAAACGACAGGAGUACUGGAGACCAUGUAAGUGCAAUUACAGCCUAUAGCCUCUGUCUGUUUGUGUGCAUGCAGAAGGUACAUCGUGCAUCCCUUAGAAUAAACCAACCCCUCAUGAAUGUGGCCUUUUGCAUCCUGUGUGCAUGAUCACGGUGCAGAGGAGGGUGUUAUUUUUCCUCAUUGGGUGAAAGGACUCUGGAGGGGAUAUUAGAUGGAUGUUUUAGCAGAACAGGCUCUGUCAAAAUGGGCUAACCUUGAGUGUCUGCGCAGGGAAAGAGCUGAUGGCAGGCAAACAGCCCGGAAUGGGUCCAUCCGCAUACGAUAACACUCGGCGGAUAUGCGCAGAAAGCCUGAAAACCAGCCGUCACCUCUGAUUAGAAGGCUGUGGAGAGAUAGUGAUGUCACAUUAUACUCCCUACCACUGCUGCUGCUGCUGCUGCCGCCUAUAUAAAUGUGCAUGUUUGUACAUGUGCGCGUCUAUUUGCGUGAUUUCCUCUUCAAAUUGCAUGGGUGGGACGCGCGCACAGGAGGCCAAAAUAAAUGUAUAGAGAAUAUCUGGGUUGUCGGCAUGAAGCGAGGGGGGAUUACUGCGUAAAAUGAUGUGCAGUCCGUUGCUGCGCAGCCUACAAAGCGCCCAACCCCACAGCCAGUGGGUGUCAGACAGCAGCGCCAUACAUCCAGAACAGAGGCCUGCUGCUGCUGCACAUAGAGAAUUCAUUCAUGUGAGACAGACAGAAAACACCACAUCUAUCUAUCUAUCUAUCUUAUUCUUCUUUCUUUGAAAUUAUGGUGCUUAUUGAUGUUGCAUUAUGUCAUUUCUCUCCCCUAAACACUUCUGGCACUAGUCCCCCCUCCCUCCCCAUCUGUUUGUUAGCAGAGCUUUGAGCACAGAGGGAUGGUUAAGCCUGUAUACGUGUAUUUGUGUGUGUGUGUGUGUGUGUGUGUGUGUGUAUGUAUGUGUGUGUGUGUGUGUGUGUGUGUGUGUGUGUGUGUGUGUGUGUGUGUGUGUGUGAGAGAGAGAGAGAGAAAGAGAGAGAGUGAGUGAGUGUUUAAGAGCUGCAUGAUUGAUUAUGAAUGCAGAUCUUCCAUCAGAAUGAGUCUGAUCAGCUGUCAUCACUCCACAAUUAAGUGAUGAUGACAGAUGGGUGAACUGAGAGGGUGAAAUGUGUUGCCAUGUUGGCACAGGUGAGGCCUUACAGUCUAAAGUCACCCUCCUCCUCGCUGGGUAGGACUCGUACUCAUCCACCUGAUAGCGCCGAGAAGGGGGUCCAAAUAGUCUCCAGGUGGGGCAUGAGAACAGGGAUGGAGGGAGUGUCUGAAGGUGGGGCCUUGGGUUGCGUGGUAGUAUUUGUGUGUGUGAGUGUGUUUGUGAAAGCAGGAUGACAUGCUGGGGGGAUGGAAGUGUGACGCCUCAGGGCCUAAAACCGGCCAGGGACCACUGUGCAGGCAUCUGCUCCCCUUUUGCUCCUACUUACAUAUUUCUCUCUCUCUACUACUCUCUCUUUCUCCUUUUCUGACCAUCUCAGUUCAACACCCUCCUCAUUCUUCCAUCUCCUUUUUUUUUUUCCUUUUGUUCCUCUCAACCCCUCCUCGAUUUAUUCUGUUUCCAACUCUGAGUGUUUCCUUGAUUUGACAAAAAGCAGCUUCUUGAGGAUGCAACAUUUAUUUUCAUUUAUUUGUUGGUAACCAUUUAAAUACCAUAAAGUUAUCAUUUAAAGCCCAAAAUGAAAUCUUUAAAUUACUUCAAACACUUUCACCAAAAACUGUCAGAAAUUCAAAAUAUUAAAGAGGGUGUACAUUUGGAUAUAUUUGCAGGACACACCAUCAAAGUGCUUUAUCAAUUAUUGCAACAGUUUUACCCCACGAUUAUCACAGCAAAUAAAAUCCAUAAUAAUGAUGUUAUCACCAUAUUAAACUGCACAUUCAGUUAGAUUCAGAUAAAGCAAGACGAGGUUGUAGCCAUUGAUCACUCCAUAAACUUUACUAAUCAAUGUGACUGACUUGCUGACAUAUCACCGUUUCUAAUCGUGUUUAAAGUUUUGACAGCAUCUCCAGCCCUGUAGAAACUUAGUCUUACAACCACUAUUUGGGAUACUUUUAUUUUGACAUUUUUUGACAAAGAACAAGGCUUUUAUUUUGACAUUUUACUAUCUCAGUUUUAGGUUGCUUUGUUCCCUACAUUGUACAAAAAAAGAUGCUUUUAUUUUGAAGUAAAAUAUUUGGUACUUAGUUAGGGUUGCUAGAUUACACUAAAAAUCCUGAAAAAUCCUCAUUAUUAUCUUUAUUUGUAUGGAGAUCAGGACAUUUUAACGCAUUUACUUAUAAAUUGACAUCUGCAUUACACCAUUUCUUAGAACUUUUAAACUCUUUCAAACUUAAACACUGUGAGAUCUUUAAAAAAAAAGACAAAAAUAAGAUGAACAUUAACAUGUAAAAAUCUACAUUAUUCUUGUUCACUGAAGUAUGCCUGUCUAACUGGAUAUGAUGAACUAAACCAUGAAAGACUUUUAUUUUCAUAUUUAUACACUGUUAUUAAAAAAAAAACAAAAAACAAGGAUUUCAGCUUUACCAUCGGGUGCCUUCACCUGCCCCUCUCCCUGCUCUCCUCUCUCCACUUGUGGCUGACUGAUAGUUUGUACUGCUAUAGCGACAUGUCAAAGAUACAGCGGUUUAUAAUUUUAUCUGUGACUCUUUGGUUCCCCUUUGUUGCUGAGCUCACAAGUUGACAGAUCUGAGUUCAUGGUGAGGAGGUGAAAGUGUGAGUAGUUUGUGGGGAGGGGCAGUUUGCACACUCUGCUGUGAAAGAAGAGAGGCAGGGUGGAUAUCAUUCACCUUAUCAGCCAAAAUGAGAGGAACACAUCAGGCGACAGGAUAUCAUUCAGUCUGGAUUAUCAUAUUUUUUAGAUUCAUCGCCCAGCUCUACUGUCCAGUGCAUUGUUAGUUAUGGAACUAAAGGAUAACAGCAAUAAGAAAAAUUUGAAAGUAAUCAAUAAAGACCUGCUGAAGAGGCACAAACUCUGAGGUUGUUUUUGAUUCACAAUACAUUUUUUGGCAUCAGUUUCAAAGAUGUCCGCUCAUCUGUCAGAGGCUGGCUACAGCUAGCUAGCUAGCUGCAGUGCCACAUCUUUUUCUUUUCUCAGUUUUGCGGCAGGUGGCAACCGAUAUGAUGAAACACAUGUCCAGUGCCCGACCAUGCACCAAUUGGCAUAGGCCUGUUACUAGCUUAAGGUAUACCAGGGUGUUAAAAAAAGUCACAUUUACAAGCCAAUAAUAUUUCCCAUCAUGCCAGAACUACAGUAUGAGCUUCACUCCAUGUGAGCCUUCACCGUUUAUUUGUAUAAGGUCAGUGUUCAUACUGUGAGGUCAUGUAUUAGCAAGCAGGCUAGCUAGGAUGAGCUUGCAUUUAACAUAAGUCCGUUUGUUUUUUGUAGCGAUGGCCAGCACUGAGGCCAGUAUAUUUUUAGGACACUCAGAGGAUUGUUUAAGUUUCUCAUUAGCUGCUCUGGCCUCUGAUGGCGUUUUAAAUACUUUCCAAUAUUUUGCUGUACGAAAAUGUAUUUUAAAAAAUAUUUAAAAAAUCAGACAGAUCAGUGGAAGACAUUAAUAGUCAAAGGUUUUAGUUCUUGGUGGUGGUUUUCAGCAACUGCACAGCUGUUGGGAAGCUUCAUAAUGGUCUCAGAUUACCAAGAUAUUUCCACCUUUUUUACCACAGUUACCCAUCAGGUGACCUCUGGACUUCUAAAGAAGGGUGAUGUUGAUCAUUGAGUAGAGUCAAAAACAAAUUGCACUCAGUGUUCACGUGCAGGUAUUAAUGUCAGGGAUGGGCUUUUUUAGGUAACUCAGACUCAGACUUUUUACAACAAUUAGAUAGGUUUGCUUAUAAAGGCUCAUUCCUGAUUCAAGUGUAGCUUAACUCUGAUUCAGUCCCGUUUGAGUCUAUGAAACAAAAAUCUAGGAGAUCUCAUUUUAACAGAUCACUCAGCUUGGCUAUAUACUGGUGGUAUGCUUACCUGACCAACUCUAUAUUUGCACAAGAUAAGAGAAACCUUUAUGUGUCCCACAGUGGAGAACUUUGCAGUGUUACAGCAGCAAAGGGAUCAGCACAGUAGACAUAGAGUAAUACUUACGCUCACAGUGUACAGAUAAUUAAAAAAAAGUUGACAAAAAAACAAACAAAAACAUGCAUGAUUGCAUGAUUACAGAAUGACUUUUGCCCCUACACAGUUUAUUAUCGAUAUCUGAUAGAAUCUACUCUGAGUGGAUUUAGCUUUACAAAUGUAUAGGUGCAUAAAACCUGCUUUCUUUCUAACAGCUAACAGGGGCCGACUCCACUGGUCAUCUUUGACACAAAUCUCUUUCUAACUUGACUUAUAACCUGAGUUUAUGCUCAUAGUCUGUAGAGUCAAGAGGGCAUGGAUCAGUUGCCGGUCUCUGACUGUAACAUGGUUGGUCAUAGUGUCCCUAUGGUUUGUAGCUCAGACCCCGUCAGGUGUCUGACAUACAUAUCUACAAAUGUUCUCGGUAUUCUGUGUGUUAUUUGAAAGUUAAAUGGAUUGUUCAGGGAUAAAAGAAACAGUUUUUCCUAGAGUCCAAGAAACAGUUAAAGCUGUUUUUUUUUUGUUUCAGUGAGAGACCCCCUCCACUCUUUUUAAUCUCUUCUCCACAUUUUCUUCCAGCAUGUGUCAUUGGGGUCCAGCCGGGCUGACAAGGCCACCAGCCAGUCCAGCCGCUCGUUGGGAGCCCGGUGCAGGAACUCAAUUGCCUCCUGCUCAGACGAGCAGCCGCACAUCGGCAACUACCGCCUGCUCAAGACCAUCGGCAAGGGGAACUUCGCCAAGGUCAAGCUGGCCCGCCACAUCCUGACGGGCAGGGAGGUGAGACACAGGGCAGCAGAAGUCUGAGGGUGGGGGGCAAGGGUAAGGGGGUGGAUGAGUAGAUGAUGGAGAUGUAAGAAAAGUGCAGGAAGGUAAUUAUUGUUGCUAGUGUCUAAAGAUAGGAAUAAAUGCACUCUGCAUGAUUCAGUUUUUCAUAAUUUUUCGUCAAAUCUUCUGAAAAUUCAAUUUUAGCCUCAUGUAGACAUCACUUUUGACUCUCUAGGGAUGUACACUUCUCAGCAUGUUGGUUGAUUGACCAACUAAUGACCCCAACCGCAUUUCUAAAAAAGAGACAUCCUUUAUACCAUAUAUUUUGUUGAAAAACAGUACAAAGUCAACAUGUCAAUCUGAAAAAUGUUGUUGAACAAAAAUAUGCUCAAUUAGGUUCCAGCUAGGGAUGUGCCGAUAUACGAUUUAAUUGCGAUAUGCGAUAUCAAACGGCCGCGAUGAUGAAAUCGUAAGGUACAGUAAUAAACAUUCCACAAUUAUAAUUUCAGCGGAGGCGAGCAAAGCCGAGUACUUACCAACCUAACCCGCUUGUAGUCUUACCCAAGGUGUCAAAGCCUCGUAGCAAAAUGUACAAACAAACCACCGCAAAAGUAGUCCAAAAUCCAAAAAAUGCCAGCCUAACAAAAACGGGAACAUUAAAAGAGAAAAUGAAGAAAUUAUACAACAGAAUGCGUGGCCACCCACAAUGCAUUGCAGCCACCCAAAGCACUGUUGGAGCGUGUCCACAAUGCAUUGGAUCGAUCAUGACAACAUGUCAAAUGGAGCAGCAAACUUUCGUUCUGUUUUUAUGUGUCCCAAAAAUGCUCAUAGAGUGGUGUGCUUGGGAACAUAAACUGUACAGUAAGCUGUCAAGGUAGAGAACAUUAUAUUUUCAGGACAGUAAAUAUUCCGAAUCAGAGGACUAUUGUUUUCGGCUUAUCUGAAUAGUCUGAAUGAAAUCAUUAGAGGCACACGCUUUAGAAUCCACCCAAUAGUAAGGAAAACUUGGAUUAUUUCGCCUUGUUAUGUACUUUCAACCACGCUCCCGUCAGGGGUGCAUUCAAUGGCAGGGGUGCAUUCAACAGCAUAACACCGGACCAAGAACAGUCGGAGACUGAGAAUGACGAAACGCCUCGGCUGUAUCCUCCUAUUAAAAAGGUUUUGUCGGCAGUCUGGACGUUUUAUGGCUUCACGAAACAGACGGAGCAGGUAAACCUGACACCAAUCUGCAGGUUAUGCCGUAAGGAAGUUGUAGCGCCGUUGUCUAACACUUCAAACGUACGUGAACACCAUCCAGCACUGUUGGCCCAAAUCAAGGUAAAAACAACAUGACCGCAACAAGUUUGGUCUACUCUACUGCUUAUUAUUGACAACGUUAGUGACAUUUCUGCUAACUUUAGCUCCGAAAAGCUAAUGCUCCCAACAUCACGUUAGCUGCCUCUUGCUCAUAUUAUUUGUGCGUGUCAUGCUGUGCACAGAGAAGUGAUUUCACCUUUUUUUUGCCAUUUUUAAUAACGUUAAAAGCAAUGCGCUAAUAUCAUGAUAAUAUCGUAAAUCGUGAUAUUUUGGGCCACCGAUAUUGUGUUAUCAAAUUUUUCAUAUCGGCACAUGCCUAGUUCCAGUAACAUGUUUCAAAACAGUUGUGACAGGGGCAACAAAAAAAAAAAAAUCACCUACAACUAAUGAGGAUAAUUUGCAACAGGUUAUAUGGUAAUAUGACAGAGUAUAAAAGGACAUUCAGAGAGGCUGAGUCUCUUGAAAGGAAAGAUGGGAAGAGUUUCACCGCUCAGUAAGAGACUGUGAGCAAUUAGCUGAACAAUUUCCUGAGUGUCAAAUGUCAAAGAAUUAGUAAACUGUAUCAUCAACAGUACAAACUAUCAUUAAAAGAUUCAGAGACCUGGAGACAUCUCUGUUUUCUGGCAGCACUGCAUUAAAAACAGGCUUGUCUCUGUAGUAGAAAUCACAACAUGGCCUCAAAGUCCCAUUCAAACACCGCUGUAUGUUAACAGAGUGGUGCUGUAUCCACAAAUACAGGUUCAAACUGAACCAUGCACAAAGGAAACCAGAUAUAAACAUAAUCCAGAUCACUGAUGACUCCUCUGAGUCUGAGCCCAUAUAGGCUGGACCGAGGUGAGCUCUACUGGAGUUCCAGGAAUCGAGAUCUGACACUCUUUUUGGAAAUAAUGGAUCCUUGUCCUCCCCUUUAUAGAGGAGAGGAACCACCCAGUUGGUUACCAGCUCCUACUCCAAAUCCAGCAUCCCUGAUGGUAUGUGGGUCAUCAGAGUCCAUGCCAUAGGUAUCUUCCACAUCUGUGAAGGCCCCAUGAAUGCUUAACAAUAUCCACAGGUUUAGGAGCAACAUCUGCUGCCAUCCUGACACUAGGGAAGACCUUCAUAUUUCAGCAAGACAAUGACAAACCACAUUCUGACAACAGGGAUUACAACAGCAUGGCUCUGAAGGAGAAGAGUCCUGCUGAGAAACUGGUUUCUCUGCAGUCACACACUGAAACAUUUAAGGCACCAUGAAAUAAAAAUUAUGACAAAGGAGACCCUGAAAUUUUGAGCAGCUGAAGUCCUGUUUCAUGGACAACAUUUCACUUUUCAGACUCCAGAAACUGAUUUUCAUAAUCAUAGUAAACUGUGUCAGAGAAAUAAUAGAGUCAGAUAUUCAUAGGUCUUUUAAUAAUCGUCCUUUAAUAACCUGUCAGAUCAGUCGGAAACCAUGAAGAACUACAUGCAGAAUUAAAGGCUACCUUAUUGAUCGUCCAGUAUGAAUACUUACUGUCUUCUCAAUGGACCUCUACAAUUUAUAAAUUCCUAAUGACUCUGUGAAAAGAGUGGCCGGUGAAGAAAAGAGAAAUUGCAUGACUUGCAAUGCCAAAAUUUGUAACUUCAAACAGCUUGGUGCACGAUGGGAACAGGAUUUUUAAGAGCAAAAUGGAUUUUGUUGAGAGACUGAUUUAAAACAUAAAUUGUGGAAUAUACAGUGAAUAUUAAGCUCAAUAAAAAUAGACAAGGGCUUUAAAAACAAUCUGUUUUUAAAUAUUGAUUAUGUCAGUAGUUUCAGCAGUUCACUGUCAUUAAUCGUAGUUUUAGUUGGCCAUUUUAAUGUACUUUUAAGUCCAUAAAAUCAAUGUCAAAGUUACUGGUGCUUGAAAGUGGUUACUGAAAUGCUGAAAUGGACUUUAUGGUCUUUUUAGAUUUAUUAAUCAAAGAGAUGCUGCAUUGCUGAACUAGCAUGGUCUGAAAUCAUACCUUGGAGUCAGAAGACAGCUAAUUCAUACAGGCUGUGAAUGCCUGACACUCAGCUGCACCUGUAUGCUUAGCUGCUCAUUCUGUUUUUUCAAACUCAAAGUACUUAUGUGAUAUUUUAAUGAUGUUUGACACAAAGUGCUGAUUACCUUUGACCUUUUAUCUGAGAUAUGUAGUGUUUUUUAGAGUAAAAUGUAAGUUUCCUAAGCACAGUAGUUUCAUCUUCUGUAAUUACUGUUACAGUAAGAGCAGAGGCUUCAAGAUGCACUCCGAUCGAUUUUUUUGCACUACUUAAAGUGUUCUCAGUGGUCUUUAAACUGUGAUUAUGAAGUUUUUGGCCAAAAUCGCUUUACCUGUGUCAUUUUCAAAGGCUUUUUUUCUGCAGAGCUCUUGUAGAUCAUUUGCAAUUCACCUCUUAGUCGUGGGCGGAGACAGCACUGCUCUGCACACUGCUCUUCAUGCUAGAUUGCAGCCCAACAUUGCUGGUGUAGUAGAAGCAACAGGUAACAUAGGAGCUAUUCAGCUCUCUGAUACUAAUAUCUUUCAGGACACAAUGAAAGCUAAUAUCAUAAUUAGCUUUCUUACAAGCAUUGCAAUCCGCUAACGCACUCACUUGUUCCGCGAUCGUCUACUGUACUACUGCCCCAACUACACGAAUGUGGAUAUAUUUCAAACCGCACAUAUUUAUGUCCGACUAGGCCUCCCUACCACACCAAAACGGGAGUUUGGAGCACUCAAACCAGAUAAAUCUGAAUCCGAAAAAACAAGUGAAGAAAUAAAGAAUAUCCGUAUAAGUGGAUUCGUGUGGUUGAACUUUUAUGGAUCGAUGACGUCAAACCGCAGCUCGUGCAUUCGAAUUAAAAAGAAAAACCACAACAACGAUGGCGGACAUACAGGGUAUUCUUUACGUUUGUUUUGCUCUUUUGGGGCUAAUUUCAGCCUUGCAAGUGAACCUUGUGUUAUACAAUUACAACCACCAGUAAGCCAGCUCACAGAGGCGUCUGCUUUGUUAUCGCCGCCACACUGUCACAUGGACCCAACGCACUAGAGUAGCUUCCGCAAACAAUGCAUGACACUUCAUGCUGUUACGAUUCAUUGGCCAAUCAGGUAGCUUUGUUCCUGAAUUUUUUUUAAGGGCACCAGAUUGGAUUGAGUUUGACGGCUAUGGUGGACGCAGAUAUUUUUGAGAACAAACACGUGUGGACAGAUACAUUUAUUUAGACGGGAGUACAAAAAUAUCCUGAUAAAUAAAUAUCUAUAUACGUGUAGUCCAGGCCUUAGUCUGGCCUGCAUUGCUGGGCUCUGGAGGCGGAGCUUGGAUUUGUGAUGUAGGAAAUCUCACUGAAUCUGAGUCUGCUGUUUGGGUCUGUCAGAGAUUCACAGUGAUUUGAAUGCAGAAAUACUCAGAAAUGCAAUUUCAUAUUUUUCUCAUGAUAUGUCCUAUAGCAUCAGAAAUAUGCCAUAUGAACAUGUAGACAACAAGAAAAACAUGAUUUCAUCGGAGUGGGUCUCUAAAGGCACAGUGUAUAGAAAUAUAGUUAAGGUUUCUAAGCAUCAUGUAUGAUGGCUGUAAUUAUAUGAAAGGAAAAGUGCUGAUGGAUUAUUUCACUGUCUUCUUUCUCUUCCAGGUUGCAAUAAAAAUCAUUGACAAAACUCAGUUGAACCCAACCAGCCUACAAAAGGUGAGUUUGACCUUUUUGAUUCUGGUAGACCGUCUAUUGAUAAUUGGUUUAAAUGCAGUGAUUUCAUUGUGUGCUUCACAGUCAAACAUUAGUGUGCUUCAUGAACAGAGGCUGGCAGUAUAGAUGUGAAUGAUUCAGUCAACAAAGUACUCCUGUGUAGUUGUAGACUUGGAAAGGUUCAGGUUCAUCCUCAGAGAAGUAUAGAGAGAGAGAGAGAGAGAGAGAGAGGGAGCUGGUGGGAUGUGAUGCUGUUUGGCAGGUGCUGCAGACUGGAUGGGCGAGAGAGGAGACCUCUGCUCCACAGAUCAUCUCUCGCCUCUCUCUGAGUUAAUCUCCGCCCUGAGAGGGGGAUGACUCAUCUCAGAAACAGCGGCCUAACCAACCCAUCGUCCUGUCUGUGUUUGUCUUCUUAAUUCGUCUUUCCUGAACACACAAGGCUGUGGAUUUCAGGUGAAAAACUCUGUGAUUUCAUUGCUGUUUGGUGGUCAGUGGUUUUUUGGUUUGGGGCCUAAAGGGAAAUUCAGACUUCUCUUGAUGGUUUGCUCAUUUACUGCUUGUAAAGAUGGACUGCGUCUCCCUUUCUUGUAAAGUAAUGAAGUGAAGCCAAGUAGGGGUGGGAGAUAUGAUCUUAAAUUUAUAAACUCCAUUUUUUGUUCAUGCUUUUGGGGCACCAGUGACAGACUUAAAAUUAUAAAAUGCCCCGAAAAUAGGCAUGUAAACACAUGUUCAUUACCUACGAUACCCCUGUCCUCCCACUUAAAGAAGCCUGAGAUGUGAUACUUUACUUUUGUUUUCAUCUACAAAUUAUUGUUGAUUGUUUUUCCACUAAAACUGUUUGAUAAAACCAACAAAUAAGGGACACAACUGCUGAACUUAAAUGAACAUUUUAUUAAAUUAAUGUGGGCAGAAACAUUUUAGGGUUAGUAAAAUAUUUUCACAAGAGACUCUUGGAUUUCUGUGGAUCUAUGUGUCGUCAUUAAAAUAUAAAUAGAUACAAGAUUUAAAGUAAAAAAAUGUAUGACUUCAUUAUUCCCUGUCAUUAAUGUUAUCUUAGCCAGCAGAUGCUCUAGAUGGAUUUUAAUGAAUUCUCAGACAUAAACAAGAUAAUAAACACUUGAGUCCACUAUAAAUGUAUCUGUAUUUUUAAAUAUAGACAUUCAGUCAUGUGUCUGCUGUCUGUUCGUGACACUUCCAAAUACUUCCAUAUAGUUGGCACAGGUAAGCAGUAAUUGCAUGCUCACAUGUAAAGCCUCACUUUUUUCUGCUGAUGAUCAGGGAUAGGGAUAGAUAACCGGGUCCAUGCAUGCACAUUAAUAGACUGUCUAGAACAGCGUUUGAGCAGCAAGUAGUUAUAAAAGUACAGAAAAAGAAUCACAAUGGUCAGAUGGGAGGAUGGCCUAAUAUGCGAGGAGGUCCACAGUGUGGCUACAUGGUCAUAUCUGCUCUACAUAUCUUUGGCUGUCAGCAGCUUGAAACAUUUCAGUCAACUCCAGCUGCUGCUGCUGUGGGGCUGUCAACCUCCUCUUCACCCAAAGCAGCCGGGCUAAACACAGCCAGACUUUAGAAUGAGUCCUUUAAGUUUAUAAUCAUUAUCAACAGAAUGAAAGUGAACAAGCAAACUAAUCAAGGUGACAGACAAUUACACUGUGAGGUGCUCAAGGUUUGGUCGGUAAAACGAUAAUUAGGUGAAAGUGUAUAAUACGUUGUAAUGAUGUGUUUAAGUGUCAGGUCCAGAAAAAGAAAAAUAGUUUCUCUCUUUUUAAAAAAAAAAAAAAAAAUCAGUAUAAAUAUGAAAGUUUUAAGGAAAAUAGUGUAGCAAAAACUCAACAGUGUUGUCAAUAAGGACUGAAAUCAUUAAGGAGUCUCAUUAAUUGUAUCAGUACUGAUAAAAAUGAACAAUCCCCAUCCCUAAGUAUGAUUGUAGCUGCAGAAACAAUUACUGGCCAAAAUUGUCUGAUACUGUGCUGAUAAUAUAGUGCAUCUGUAAUAACUACAUCGGUUCAUGGUUGAUUUUAGAGCAUGGCCGUUAUUAUGUCAGAAGUAACACUGAACUGCAUUAUUCUUUACUGGCAGCAGAGAAAAUAUACGCCAUGUUGCUAAUGGCCUUGUUUGGUACAGAAGGUCAUAAUGAGGCAUUGGUGUCAAUUUCAGUUUGUUUCUCAGCCAGUAAAAACUCCUAACAGCGCCUUUAGGAAAUGAACUCUUGAGCUGAAAUUUACAUAAAUACUAGAAAAAUGAUGGACAUCAUCUUUGAGAAAAAAUCCUUUGACAUGUAUUUGGGUUUUGAAUUUGCGCCAUGUCCCAUCUGUUACCAUGGCGAAGGCAGAGUGCAUGACUUAUUCUGCAGCCAGUCAGUAGGGGGAGCUCUACAUGCUUUAGCUGUUGAUAUACUGGAGCUGAAAUCAUAACAUCUGGAUAUCAUACAUGGCUAAAAGGCAGUCCAUUUGAUCUCAGCCUUUGUGCUUCUCUCUUGUCUCCGCACAUCAACCAAAAGCUUUUCUACUUGGCUCUUCUGUUGAAUGUGAUUUUUGAAGCUGGAUCAGUGAGGAAAAAAAUCGGCACAGUAGAGCAAAAGAGUCAAAAGGAUGCUAACAAGCAUUCAGUCAAGCCAUAUUUUCCCAGAAUGCUCCUCACAUGCACAUGUAGGCCAAAGUGUCUCCCUCAUUUUGCUGUAAUUCUUUGUGCUCCUCCCUCCUCUUCUCUCUUUGUACCUCCCUUGGCCUGCAUUAGCUCCUCUGCCUUUGGGCAAGAAGUGAGCAGAGCAGAAGGAUCAAAUCAGGGAUGAAAUAAUUGCUCUUUAUGUGGUGUUUGUGCCUUUUAGUUUGGCUGGGAGAUGUCUGCAUAUCUUCAUACAUAAGAUGGGAAGACCAGUGUUUCUUCACAGUUUCUAUUGUUGUGAAUAUCUUAUGUAGAAGUUAAAAAAACAGAACUGGCGGACAUCCACCCCCCCACACCAAGUUCGGCAUUAAAAUUUUUGUUAUAGAUGUUGUCAAUCUGUCUGGUCUCAUUUUGCUUUUGUUUAUCAUAAAAAGGCAUCAAUUUGAAUUUUAGUCUGUUGCUCUUGUCAAACCUUCACAGGAGCUUUAAUAAUGAGGCUUUUUUGGAAAAAGCCAGAAGUACAGAGGAGUACUAUGGUUGCUCUUUCAGGCAUGUGUCCCUCACAGCCUUGGGACUUCCCCUUUGGACGAGUAGGGUGUUUGACAUAGAUGGAGAUGAGUCUUGAGAGACAGGAUAUGAUAUUAAAAGCACUCAGUGAAAGCUACAGUGUAAUGUUCACAACACACUGACAAAUGAUGCAACAAAGACCUGUUUCUGACACAGAUGUGCAUUUUAGAGUUGAGUGGGAUUAACUCCUUGGUCCUAUGAAGUUCGAAUGUUGACUAACCAACUCUUCUAAUGGGUUGGACAUACUCUAUUCAAUAAGAAAACACUGACACAGUCAAAAUUGAGCCCGAUAACGGCCAAUCCCAAUUGUCACUCUUACGUGUUCUGUGAACACGCCCCUAACGGGCAAAACCCACAGGAUCCAGAAUGGCUCCGGUCUGCUCCAGCAUGGCAGGCGGAUCAAAUACGCAAGCAUUACAAUCAAUGUGUGUGAUUAUGCAGAAUCCAUCCACCGCUCCGCUGCCGAUUGGCUCCAGUGGCCGUAUCAGAUACGCAAGGCUUCUAUUUUUGCCGGAUGCCAGAGCACGGUGCAUCAAUUCAGUGCAGCGCAGCAGGGGAGGUUGUAUGCGAUUACAGAGUGAAAUAUCUGGUUAACUUUCAAAAUAAAAUAGUCAAUACAUUGAACUGUUCUUAAUUUGAUAAUAGGAGAGGCCAGUGUUGUGGGAUUUGGGUGAUUAUAUACACCACCGUUUAUAUACACUGAUCGGCGAAUCACAUUCUAUGACUCCCGGGGAAACACGCAAGAUCUCGUCCAGUCUCGCAAUAAAUAUUGGUAAUCUCGCGAGCGUUUCUCUUCUGAUUCAAAUCCCGUGGGCGCUGUAUGCUUGUGUAUCUGAUCCACCUGCCGGAGCAGAGCUGUUCCGGAUCCAGUGGGAUUCCCGGGUAAGGACGAGACACCACUCGAUUUCUGCUAAGCCAUCAUGCCUUGCCGUUUGCAGUAAAGUUGUCACCUCAGUCUUACAUCAGUGUAGCUAUCAAUAACUAUAGCUUUGUUAGCUGGCUUGUUAUAAUGCGUGAUUUCAAAUUUUAAAACAGCUAAUAUUUACAUGAAGUAGUAAAGGCUUGAAUGUCUGCUAAAAAAAAGUGUGAUUACUAUGAAAAUUAUCUCAAAAUCUAAGCCCUUUGCUUUCAAGUGAGGUCCCAGUUUGUCUUCGUUUUAAGGGCUGUGUACACCUUGCCCUUAGCCCUUCCCCUUAACCUUAUGAAGAAUUGGGACACCCUCUCGCUUGACGUGAACACGCAAAACCGAAGGCUAAGGGGUAAGACAAGGGCUAAGGGGUACAAUUGGGAUUGGCCCUUAUUUACAGCUAACACAGGAUCAUAGAAUCUGCAGGUAAAUUGGUUUGCAGAGCGAGUACCUCCAGCUUUCAGCUGUCCCUAUGCUUGUGCUCUGAUUAAGUCAUUGCAUGUCAGUUUAUCCAGACAGCCUAUGUACAACUUUACAGGGACAGCUGUGGCCGAGCAGCACAGAAGGUCGUCUCUAAAUUGGUAAAUCCUGGGGUUCAGCCCAGGUCCCACCGUCCACAACUGUUCCUAGCCAAGACACUUGAUCCCAAACUGUAGGCUGUGCCCAACCCUGUGUGAAUGGGAUUAGUUAACACUGAUGGCAUACAUAGCAGCUUCAGUCAUUGGUGUGUGAAUGUGUUGUGAAUGGGUGAAUUUGACAUGUAAUGUGACACGUAAAAGCACUUUGAGUGACUGUGACCAGGCGACAUAAAUACAGUCUAUUUACCACUUAUCUCCAUUUUCUGGAUGUAAACCACACAGCGCCAUCAGAUUCUAUGUGCGAUCUGUGCUUGUUUAGAUCCAGGUAGUAGAGCAUAUUGAGAGUGGACAUUACCUAAAGUUGCAGCUCCAGCUUGGGGCAGAUGCUGCAGCUUUAGCCACACAUUUAACAAUCAUAAAAGAAACAGUAAUAACUCGUCUAAACUACCUAGUUAUCCUUGUGCAGUUGUAGUUCUUGUUUAUUGUCAUUUUCCCGUCAUGUUCCUCCCCUGUCACAGAAACAUCAUCACCCCAACUUUCUGGCUCAGUUUUGUCAAAAUUUUAUAAAGGUGCUGGCAGGGAAAGUUCUGAAUGAAGUUAAAACAAAAUGUUGGCUUUUUGCAUUUGACAUGCAACUCACCCCAACAAUUUUAAGAACAUUUGAUGCUAGUUUGUGCAAAUUACUCAGAAUGUUUACAUGCACAGUGAAGUCAUGAGAAGUACUAGGUGAAAAUGGAACUAUUGACAGAGGCAUGUCUACCUCUGCUACGGCAGGUGGAAAUACCCCUCCUUUUCAGCUUGUUUCUUACGAGUAAUCUUCAAUAGGAAGAGUCAGCAGGAGGCCAACAGAAAGAACAUCCAACGAUGAAAACUUUUGUUCUCUGCUCAAAUUUAAAGCAUUUGUGUGAUCCAUCUUUUGGCUCAAAGUCCAGUGUACGAACAGUGGCGCAUGCACACAACACUUAUCCAAGUUUGUUAGUCUGACUAUGAGAAGUUCGAUUUAGUGCAACUUCAUUCAGAUUAACAUAUUUACAUGUUUAUAAAAAAUCCAGUUUCACCCACAUUAUUACAAUAAAUUGAUUAUUUUUGAACAAGAUGUAAAGAGACUGACUGUCAGUUUGUACUUAAUACUACACCUGAUCACCUUUACCUCUUUAAGGGUUUCUCUAAAGCUGAUGUGAGAAGACGGAAACUAUUACUUACAAUUUUAACUUAAAAAGUCAUAGUCAUAUAUUUUUAAGCCUUUAACCAAUGCAGCCAAAGUUGGAGUUGCAGAAAAUGACUUGGAUCAUAACAAUAAAAUACAAUCCUCAUGUUUUGACAUGACUAAUAAAGCUGUAAAUAAGAAGGCUUUGUAAAGCCAGAUUUAUGAUCAAGCUGCUGUUUUGGUUUGCAUUAGAUCGCUCAGGUGGUGUUAAGGGUAUGAAAAUAGGCACGUAUCUUUGUGUAAAUCAAAUGUUUACAUCUUUCGUGUUGCCACAGUGCUGUUUUUUUUCGCAGACACAAUCAGAAAACAAGCCCUGAAGUUGGUGAAUCAGCUCGUAGCCCUGCUUUCAUUUUGCAAGGGGAUGCAGCCAACCAACCAAAACUGUAAUGCCUGAAAUUCAUCAGACCGGACAAUAGCAGCUGAUCAGACUUUGAUCAGCUCUGGUGACCGCUGGUACACCCACUGCAUGACAAAUGAUGUGUGAUCAGGCUGAAAUUUGGCCCACUAUAGAAGCCUUUUGUAUGAUCGUCCUGGGAUAGUAUAUGACAGGCCCAAAAGUUUAUAACUGACCAUUUUGAAACCGUGUAGCUUCUAAUCAAAUGGUCAGUGUCAACAUGAAAUGUGUUGCAGAUGGUCUGUUUUCACCAGAUCCUAGAUCCUCAUGUCUGGCAGUGGCCUUGUGCCUGACUAGGUGGAGUUACCAUUCUGGCAUUUUCCCAAAACACCAGAUUACCGGCGAGCCCGUCCAACUGCAGCUCAAUCAGCUCAGUUUCAGUCACCAGAGACAAAAAAGAUCCAGUGAAAACGAGUAUUUCAGUGUUGCAGAACAAAGCAGAUAUAUGAGCCUGUGAGAGUGAAUGCAUGCACUGGAGGGCCACAUGCAUCUCAUGCAGCACAGUGACAGGAAUGACCUUGUGUUGUUGCAGUAUUAUCAAGGCUUAAAAUGCAGCUCGUCAUUGUUGUCUCUCUUGUAGCCGUCUGUGCUUCCAGUGAUCAGUGGUUUCCUGUAAUCCUGGUAUUUUGGCUCAUAGCAUGUCUGCUGCUUAUAUCAUAACAGACAGAAAGCAGACCUGUUUCUGUCCCUCACCUGGUUGGACUAUGAGCUUCUUAGCAGGAAGAGCUGUAACAUCAGUUUGUGCUUCACACAGUCUUAAAGCGAAGUGCAUUUCUUGGUCUGCUGUAAAAACAAUAUUUGAUCACUGAGGAGGACAGCGAUAAGGAGAGGGGAGCAGGAUUGGACUCUGAUUGGAGAGAAUACUCCACAGUUGGCCAGUGAUGAUAGCGGGCUUCUUUACAUACCCGCAGGCUAGAAAAUCCUGAGUGCUGAAGACAUGAAAGAGUCUAUAUUAGCAUAAUCUGGAUAGUAAUGUAUGUUAGAGGGGGGAGGGAAGUGUAUUGUAUAGGGUGGGUAUAAGGGGGGCAUUUCAGCCAUAACAACUAUCAAACUUAAGCUCUGAAUAGCCUUGCAUACCUAACCGACAUUUACCAGCAAUAAAACACUAAAACACUGUUCCAACCAAUUCAAUACAUUCAUUACAGGUUAUUUGAUUAUUGACAUGAUAAUGCACUUGGAGGCAGCGCGUCAGUGCAAACCUGCUGAACUCAGAAGGAGAGAAAAAGGUAGAUCCCUGUAUAUAAUGCUGAGGCUACCAGUGUUUACAGACAUGCAGGGUUAUGUAGCUGUCUAACCAUUUUAUAAUAUGACUUACUGUAUUAUCCUGUGGAUGGUGGAGAAGAGAAGUUUGUUUUUGUCAUUGUUAAAGCAUUUAUCUCCACAAUCAGCACUCCUGUCCCAGUGUUUUCUUUGUGCCCCUGUGCACAGGUGUGUCCAAACUUUCUUGAUGAGGGUGGUACUGACAUACAGGUGCCCAGGGUGUGUGGGUACAUAGAUUACUAGCACACACCCUUUCUGCAUUCACAGUGUACUCUGAAAAAAGAGGCUGUAGAGAUAUGAUAUUCUAGUCUAUAUUUUGUUAUAAUAUGAUAAGUAAAUGUGCAUUUGCCUUUCUGAUGUUAAAUUAUUUAUAUGGGCAUAGUUAGAAAAGACAAGAUGAUCUAUGUUAUCCUCACAACAGGUGAAUUUGUAGUGUUACAGCAGUAAAGGUAAAAACACAUAAAUGAAAAACGAAACUGCUAAGCAGGUUUUAUUUCCGAUCAGAGUACUUGAUUAAUUUCCAGAAUAAUCCUAAAAUGACUGGAUUACUUAAAUCAUCAAUUACUGCAGCCCUAGCUAAACAUAAUUUUCGCUCUUCGAUUAUCUAAAUACUUUAUUUUGGGGCUGAUGGAGGGACAACAUUGGAGGGUGAUUGUUGUGACAGCUUUUCUCAUAAGUGAUCCUAAAGGCACAAAUGUAUAUCUUGGUCUAAGCAAAGACAGAGUUUCAGCAUAUUGUAUUUUUCAGACUAAAAUCCCAAACAGGGAGCACUUGAGGUUGUGUAAUGUUGAUGAGAGGGUUCAGAGACAUCAUGAAGGGUUUUAAAUCAAAUGAUACCUAAACAGUUUUUUUUUUUUUUAAUUUGAAAACUAUAUUGUAGAUGAUUUUAAGUUUUCUUGUUGUUCAUUUGUUUUCAAAAGCAGCUGACAAUUGUAUCAGUUUUUAGAAAUAGCUGCUAAAAGGCAUCAGGGGUUAAAAUUGCCUUUGCUUUGAUAAAGGGGGGUCUUGUGUUUCCUAAAGGAGAUAACAAAGGAAGCGACAGGGCUUCUUCCCUCGUCCUCUCAAGAGUUUAAACAGCUUGUAUCAUGGCUUAGUGUAUGUAAUAGUCCCAGUUUGUUUUUCUGGGUGAGGAUCCUAAAAGGAUGGUCUGACUCCGGUCCAGGAGUGAGCUCUCUUUCCACAGAUGUUGUGCGUCCAUCAGCUUUGCUGCAGGAUUACUAUUUAUUCACUACCGAUGACCCCGGUGUGGGGAUUGUUUGUUGUUUUGACGGAUCUGACCGCUCAGCCCUGGCUGUGAGGGAAUUAACAGGGAUGCCUGCGUGAUGAGAUGCUCCAGCUGCACUACGUAUCCCAAGAUCCCCCUCUGGCACAGCUGGAGAAGCUGGGAAAAGAGCCUGGUCUUAAUACCUGGGUCGCUAUGGUAACAGUGACGUUGGGGCACAGCUAGAGGAGCAGGCGGUGAGAAGGAAAUGAAUGAAGGCGGAGACACACGUCGGAGGCAAAAAGAGAGGGGGAGGAUGGAGGAAAGAGGACAGAAAAUCUCUCUCUCUCCAUCUUUUUUUAGCGGUCUGAGUUGACUGUGAGGAAAGAGUGUCCGGUUUUCAGAAGCAGACCUUUUUUUUUUUUAGAGUGUUUGAAUGUUAUAAACAUGAAACCAGGGGAUCUGGCUCAGAUUUAAUCCCCUGCUCUGCUCUGACAAAGUGUACAAAUAUAUCUCUAGAGGGUCAUACGCAGAGAGUAGUCGGGCACAGGGAGGAAGUUGGUCUGUUUUUGGCCCAACACAUUUGUGUGGGGGACAUUUGGUAGUGUUUUUUUCUUAUUGCAAGCUUUUUUUACUGGGUUUUAUCCUUCACAGAUUCUCCUUUUGGUCAAUAAAAUGUAAUUCAAUAUUUCAAUAUAAUUCAGAUUUUAUGACACAAGUGUGAAUUUGUCUGCUUGUAUUUCUCUUCCCUGAACUCACUGUAUAAAUGCUGUUAAGAUUAUGCAAUCAACAACUUAGCAGAAAUACAUCAAAUGUAGCUUUCACUCCAAGACAUGAAGUCUUCAGAAACAAAUGGUCGAAAUUCCCAGCAUCGUGCGCUCCUAAUUUAACGUUUGAUCAAAGAUGUGCAAAGACAGGAAGGAUAAAUUAAAGUCUUAUUCAAUUAUGUUACCUCAGGAACACUCUCUGUCUUAUAGUGGGCGUGUCCUCUUAAUUUCCCAACAAAGAUGGUUAAAGUCCUACUAUGACCCUUUUUUUUCACCACUUAAAAUGUUGACAGUGGUCUUAAAAAUGUGAUUAUGACGUUUUUAGCCAAAAUCACGUUACCUGUGUCAUAUUCAAGGGCUUUUCUCUUGCAGAGCUCAAGUAGCUCAUUAGCAAUUUGCCUCUGAGUCGUGGACAGAGACAGCGCUGCUCUGCUCACUCCUCUCCACGCUUCUCUUCAUACUAGCUUGCAGCCUAACAUUGCCGGUGUAGUAGAAGUGGCAGGUAACAUAGGAGCUAUUCAGCUCUCGGACACUAAUGUCUUUCAGGACACAAUGAAAGCUAGUAUCAUAAUUAGCUUUCUUACAAGCAUUGCAAUCCACACUUUGGCUUUGUGGAUGGAGGUUGGAUUUGUGAUGUCGGAAAUCUCACUGUAUCUGAACCUGCCGUUUGGGUCUGUCAGAGAUUCAAAGCGAUUUGAAUACAGAAAUACUUAGAAAUGCAAUGUCGCACUUAUUUUUCUCAUGAUAUGUCCUGUAGCAUUAGAAAAAUGUCACAUGAGUAUGUAGACAACAAGAAAAACAUGAUUUUCAUUAGAGUGGGUCUUAAAGUCCUGAAAAACUGCAGAGGUGUUCGCUUCAUUGUUUCGUGUGUGCACAGACAGGUACGAGUUGAAAGUAUCACAGUAAGUGAAAGUAUCACAGUUUCAGAGUAUCACAGUGUUAGGAUCAUAGCUCUACACUAUGUUAUUCUGUCUGUCUUGUAUAGAAGUGUAUUUUAUUCAUCAUAAUUCACAUUAUACUUUGUUUUGGGUAAUUACUAGAUAAUUAUCUCAGAAUUUUAGAAAACCUUUUUAAGACACCUUUUCAACUGUCUGAAAUGUAAAGCAGGCUGACUUUGAAGUAUGAAGUAUGGCUCUUGUAGUGGAUUUAGUAUUGCAAGUUUAUGCUCUAGAUUUUUCUAAUACUUUUAGUGACUAGCUGAAUUUUCCUAAGAUCAGUAUGAAUGAUUUGGAUGUUAACCACCUGUGUCCCCCUCAGAGCUUGUCAGUGUUGGUGUGCAAAAUGUUCUCAUCAGCUCUUGUAGUGAUCCAAGUUGGAUCAGACGUUGUUAUUGAAUAUUUUUUGGCGUCUCUUAACUGUGCAGGCGUAGAUUUUUUUUCAUUGAUGCCAUUCCCAUGGCCUUGCACCUACAUGAUGUGCAUUAUUUAAUGAUAGCAAAGAGAAAGAUUUGAGGAUUCAUGAUACAUCUGUCUAACUGAGGAAACCACUUUAAUUUCUGCUCAUCUCACAUGAAGUCUGUAUGGGGGCAGUACAGCCUCAGAUUGCAGCCAAAUCUUUUUAUACCAGCUGGUUUUGAUUGAUGAUGGACUUAUUUUUCUUGGUCAAAACUGUGAAAAAAUGGAGAUUUAGGGAGUUAAAUCUUCCAUGAUUAGAAAAGUCUUUUUAAAUUCUAGGUGAAAAAAGGGGGCAUUGUCCAAAUGUUGGUGCAGUUGUUGUUUCAGCUGUUAAAAUUGUGACAUAGUUGUUGAAAGUGGAUUAAGGGUAUUAAAAAAAUAAGUCUAAACCUUCCAAACAUUUGUCUUUGUCUCUGUGCUGUUGAUUUUUAUGUAACUUAACUUGACAUAUUUUCAAUGGCUUUUUUUUUUUCAUUUGUAGCUACCUGUCUGUUUUUGUUUCAUGACAAGUCCUCAAUAAAUAGUAAAUUUACAGUUAUUUGAUUUUUAAGACCUAAAAAAUUGGUCAAAUGUCAGAAACAAGGCUAUAUCGUUCUCCAAGGAACUCUAUGUUCCUUGAAAUCUAAAUGUAUUUGAAAGGGUUGUCUUAUUCUUGAAGAACAGAUCCAGAAACUAAAGAAAAGAUUCAUUUUUGUCUAACAUCAUCAGGUCAUUUGAUUAUCUUGUUUUUUGUCUUUGCAGCUCUUUCGGGAGGUGAGAAUAAUGAAAGGCUUGAAUCACCCCAACAUUGGUAAGUCCAAAUCUCUGCAAUGGCUUUAUGUGGGGGAUAAUAAAGACGCCUUAAAAUAUAAACAUGUAAUGAUGUAAACAUGGAUGAGACAAUUGAUUGCUGCUCUGGUCUGGUUGCUGCACCGCUAGUUGUGGCUAAACUGCUCAUGCUACUUGUGCCGUCAGCAGUGACAGGCUGUACAGACUCUGCUCGCGUUUUCAUGCUUUCUGCUUAAUCAAUCAGGAGAACUUCUUCAAACGAUUUAACAGAUUUGUUGUGUUGCCGGUUUUUGAGGGCAGCGACCGCAGACAUACCUUUUUUGCCGUAUUGCAUACAUCAGCUUUAUUGCAUGACGUCACUUUGGAGAUACCUGAGCCAAUGCCACACAACUUUACUUCUCAACAAUGGCGUCUUUGGAGGAUGACUCAAAGUCAUGGCUGACAUCUAUUUAGCUGUCCUCAGCUCCACAUUUAGCUCCACGUUCGGUCAUUCUGUUUACUUUUCCUGUUUACUUCUCCGGCAACUUAUAGAAGUGAGCAGGAAAAGCUCGACUCUGAUUGGCUGUUGUCACACACAUUUCCCCCAUGUUUGAUCAAGUAAAUAUGCUCACAGCUAAGGCUUCACGAUAUGAGAUUUUGGUCAUAUCCCGAUAUAGCUCAUUUUAUAUCCCGAUACGAUAUACAUCACGAUAUAGUACAUUUUUUGUAAAUUCAAUUGAUGUAUAGUUUAUAUAAAAUAUAAAAUAUAAUACUCGUAUGUAGGCUUGAAGUUAAUAAUUCAUCUGAUCAUUAAAAUAAAUCAUCUGAUCAGCCGUGCCACCGCAUCAGCAGCAGGAUAGAGAGAGGACACGGAAACACGUCAGGUGUAGUGCCAUAGAAUGUACCCCUGCCGUAGAAUGCCCCCCUGACGGGAGCGCGGUUGAAGAUACAUAACAAGGCGGAAUAAUCCAAGUUUUCCUUACCGUUGGACUGAUUCUAAAGCGUGUGCCUUUAAUGAUUUAAUUCAGACUUUUCAGAUAUGCCGAAAACAACAGCCCUCUGAUUCGGAAUAUUUGCUGCCCCGAAAAUAUAAUGUUCUCUACCAUGACAGCUUACUGUACAGUUUAAAUACGCAAAUACACCUCUCUAUGUGCUUUUUAAAAAAACCUAAAAACAGAACGAAUGUUUGCUGCUCCAUUUGACAUGUUGUCAUGAUCCAAUACUCAUGUUUUUUUAAAUAUGAGAUAAUUUUUUUUCCACUUUAAGAAGCAAAUAAGUGGAUGGGAUGCAGGGGUGCAUUCUACGGCAUAACACCUAUCAAGCUGCGCGAGGAAGAAGGAGGAUAAUCGGGGAGACGAAUUAAAUAUCUUGUUAACUUCAUCAUGUGUAACUGUUUACUGGAUAUUUAAUUUAAUGCGGUUUCAGCUGUGUCAAUUCGGUCAGGUGGAGUGUCCAAACGCGCUCAUCAGAUCAGAUAUAGAUCAGAGUAUAUCGAUAUAGAUUUACAUGUAUGUGCUGACUCAGAAUAAAACUACAGCGGUCUGCUCCGUGUCGCUCCUUUUAAAACCAAACCACGACCACACAACCGACGUUGCCCCCCGUUUCGGCAGCAGCUCCUCCGUCUGCGUUGGCUUGUCUGCGUUUGAUGCACGAGAAUUGUCAUCUCUUUCGCCACAAUAACCCGGCUCCUCCAUGCUUGUUUGUGUUUUUCACAGUGGCAGUAGCGCGUGCGGGCAUGCAAUAUAUGGAGCGUCGCGAUGUAAAACACUGCCGUAAAGCGUGUUUUUGCGACACUGCGAUAGAAACGAUAGAGCUCAUGUAUCCCGAUAGAAAUUUUCUAUCGUUUAGACGAAACAUAUCGUUAUAUCGUGAAGCCUUACUCACAGCUGAUCACCAUGAUUAAACUGAAAUUUAUCAUGAUCAUUAAUCAUGAUCAUAUAAUCGCCCAGUCCUAUGAGGGUCUUAGUGUGUGUGUCUAUGCGUGCUUGUCUGUGUGUUUUGGUUCUAUGAGGGUGACCAGACAGAGGUAAAGGCUUCAUUGACUGAGCUGUGGUUGCAGGCCUUCUAUAGAGGUCACAGGGUUGGAUUUUCUCAAGCUUAGAUACCAUAUGGAUCAAAACUCCCCCACAGCAUCAGCAGCAGGCCCCUCGUAUUUAGACAGACAGGCAGACUACUGUGCAAUAAUUUCUAAUGUGGGCAGAAAUUGUUGUUAUUUAUAUCUGUGAGGUUUUAAUCUGGUUCUGUUUGGUCUACAGUGCAGCUGUUCGAGGUGAUAGAGACUGAUAAGACCCUUUACCUGGUCAUGGAGUAUGCCAGUGGAGGUGAGUACAAAGAAACACAAAGACUUCAUUGUCAUUGAACAGCACAUAUGAAAAUUAGGAAAUGCUUUAGCCUGUGGAACGUUCAGUUUUCCCUAGGAACAUGAAUUAAUUAAUUUAAUUAUACAGUAGAUAAGUUAUUGUGUACUCAAAGUAGAAAAGGUAGGUUACAAAUAAUAAUGUAAUAUUUAUCUAAUAUCAACAAGAAGCGUAGUGCUCAGUGAAAAUGUUUGUUGCACAGUCGACUAUGAUUAUUUCCCAGAUGACAGUUUUGCACAUAAAAAAAUGUACAUGUCAGUAAUCUACAUCGUGAAUAAAAAUCUGUAAGCUGCAGGAAAGAGUUUAUGUAUUUUGUCAAGACGGUGAGCAGUAAUUGUGCUCAUACUCAUUAAAAAUGUGAAUUACAAGGUAAAUAUUGUAUUUUUUAGGAAAUUGAGGAAUUUAUUGCUGUAAAAGAAAAAAGUGGAAAUCUCAUCUACUCUCAUCACAGAAAAAAAGUGGUUUAACUCCAACAAGUUCUUUUGAUGUGUGUGAGAAGUUCAGCAUUUCAAUGCAAACACAUUGGCUGGGGUCAAAAUGUCAAAACUUUGAUACAUACAAGAUCAUUUUUCUCUUAUUUUUUAAAAUACAGUUAACAGAAGUUAUUCAUCAUUGUGGGAAUAAUGCUCUACUCCAGAUUUUUCAGUGUGAGGUGAAAUAAUUGAUCUCAUGUCUGUAUACAAAAUAUUUAGCAAAGACAAAGCAGGAGAUCAAUGAGCUUAGCUUAGUUUAAAUAAAUGAAAACAGGAAAACAGCUGGUCUGGCUCUUAUGACUCACUAAAAGAACUAAAUGUACAAAGUUUAGUGCGACCACUGUUGAAUUUUUGAGACCAUGCCCAUUUUAACAACAACUUACUACUUCAGAAAUGGUCGCCAAUACUAGUAAAUAUUUGACCUAUAAAUAAAAAUACAACUCUUACACCCAAUGUAGUCCAUUUAAAGGGAUGUAAAUUCAAGUUAUGGUCAAACACACCGAGUUAGACAACCCUUUGAGAGAUGCAUGUUUCCGACUUCUUGCUUCUCUGGUUAUACCAACUUCAGUAAUGACCACACGACAGUAAUACAGUGGUCUACGUCUCCAUGUGCACACCUCAACCAAAAAGCCACUCUAUAGCCACAAAUAAUGCUCAGAACAGCACCUAACUUCAUCAACAGUACAUAUAGGGUCCCAGCCAUAGUACUAGCCACCAAACAUCUUUUUAACUUUGCCUAAUUUCUUUAGCAAAGAGACUAAACACAACUCACCUACUCUCUUCCGGCAGCUGCUUGUUUGUGGAGGAGCCCUGACAAGUCGAUCAGUGAGUGCAGCGGAGUUUCGCAGCUCAAGAAAGAACAUUUAUAAUUAUUACUUUGUGGAAAUGCAAUCAGACUGAGAUGCUAAGGCAGAAGAACUACCGCGUCUGCAGUGCAAAAUGAUUAUUAUGAAGACUAUUACUUUGUAAACGAUCCAAUGCACUCUGUGAUCGACUCGUCAGGGCUCCCCCACAAACAAGCUGCUGCUGGAGGAGCUUCAGACAGUGCUGAGGGCACUGAGGGCUCAGAGUGCUCUGAAACACAAACUAUGGAAGUGACAUGAUUCCUGAAUCUCCUUUGUUGUUACUGUCUUUGUCGUGUGUGUUGGUAAGAGUUUUUAAAUCAGUGCAUUUAAAAAUUUUUAUACAUAUACUCUUAGUUCACAGCUUUAUAACAGAGGCAGGACAGGCCUGACUGCGAUGAAAAAAACAUUAUCUGUCCUUUUUCUGUAUUCAGUACAACAAAUAGCAUACAACAAAUUAACCUGAAAAGCACUACCAGUGGAUUGACACUGUCUGUGAGGAACUUCACUGUUAUUGUUUGUAGAGUAUGUGAACUUUGAGAAGAGCAGUGAGGUGUUUGAUUCAGUUUUUAUAGAAAUAAUAACUUCAGUCAUCUUUUUCUUUAACUUGCAGAGCUUAAGCUCUCCCAUAUUUCUUCACAUACAGUUGAACUCUCACUGAGCAUAUCUUUACUACUAUGAGGAGCAUGUCUCAGCUGUUAUGGCCUAUCUCGUGGCUGCAGGCUUAGGCAGUCUACUGGAGCAGUUUAAACACUUUGAGCCUUUGAAAUGUUUAAAAAAAGUAAACAAAGGAAAGAAAACAGAGGGCCACAACAUAAACAGCAGCAGACACAGAAUCAGCCUGCAGUAUCCCUAAGUCUGCUCACUUUUUCUGUGUCUGUCUGUCAAUGAGGUUUAGGCUGGUAAAAGAUUUUGAUAACCUUAACAGAAAAUAUUCUGGUUUCACUGUAUUGUGGUUAGGGCGAUAUGGGAAAAAAGUUUCUUCAUAUAUUUUUUUCAUAUCAGUCAAUAUCGAUAAAUAUCACAAUUAAAAAAAUGAAAUAUAACAGUGCUUAUUGGUAGCAUGUCUUUUGCCAUACAAUAAGCUCCUGCAUCGGUGAGGUCUUUGUGUUUCUUCAAUGUUCUGGCGUAAGGCGUUGCGCUAGAGAAAGCGGACUGAAUGGUCAUCUGUUUUGGCUGCACAGGUGCCAUGGGCUCCUUGCUGCGCUUGGGGUUUGUAACCUUUUGCAUUGCGCAUGCUCUGCCAUGUGGCACUGCUUCAGGUGGUGAAAAAGAUUUGAGGUAAUCCCUGACUUUGGGAGAACAUGUACUUGACAUAAUUUGCAGUGCACAUUACUCUGCUUCAUGUCCGACCUCAAAAAAACAAAAUACCUCCACAUCAGCGACGUUUUCAUGCCAGUGUUGUGACAAUGUUGUCAUCUGUUGAGCCUUCAUCUGCAUUUCUGCCAAAGGUAGCGCUCAUUUUCUUUUUUUCUCACUGACAGUGCUGUCGGCUUCACAUGUUGAAGUGCUAUGGUUCCGUGUAGCUGCAGCCUGCUACUAUGCAGUUGUUGGCUACUUGGUCCUAAUUCAGCACAUGAUCGGUUCAGUGCAAAGCAGACCCGGAGCAACUCCCCUUUUCAUUUGCUAUUCGUAUAGUCUACCAAAACAUGGCAGAACGCCAACUAUCAUAAAGCAUAUUGACCAUAUAUUAUAUCGGUAUUGAGGGAAAUAAUUUUUUAUAUUGAUAGCGUUUUAUCCACUAGCCCUAAUUGUGGUCUUACAAAAGUGGCCUUAUUUUUUUUUUUAAACUUGAAUUUUAUUUGCAUUUUUACCAUAACAGAAACAAGACAUACAGUCAUACAGAAAAAACAUGGUGUCAGUCAGAGAAAAGAAAAAUGUCCAUGUAGCCUCUAUUAAUAUUGGCCAUUUUUUUAAGUGUUGUGAAGUGAUUUACAUUUGUUCCUAGGGGUGGGAGAAAAAAUGAAUUUACAUAAGGACCGCAAUUUUUUGUUUUACAGUUUUUACAUCAAUGUUUAUGUUAAAAAAAAGAUUUUUUUUUUUCCAAGUUCAAGAAUAAAUCUUAACCACUUGGCCCAGUGCCUGCACAUUUUACUCACAUUGCGGGCAUGAGCAACUCUGGCAGAAAAGAGGAAGCUGAAGAAGCCGUCACGUAACUUCACCCCACUAUCAUAUAUCGCAAAACAUCAGGACAUCCUCCUCUUUCAACGCAACAAAUAUUUCCUUCUGAUUGAACCACACUCUGUCACACUCUGCUGUGUUUCCCGGGCUGAUUCUCACUCACCUCCCUGCCACACCUCCUCAUCAGCACUGAUUCCCCACACCUGUGAAUGUCAAGCUGCAGCUCCUCCCUGCUGAUUAGCCAGCCAGCAUUUAAGCCACUCUGUGUCCCUCAUUCAGUGCCAGAUUGUCUUCGCAGCAUGCACGACUCUCCAGCAGUAUUUCUCGGAUUGACUUCUCGGUAUCGAUCCUGCUUGUAUCUGACCACGUCUUCUCGUCUCAGCCCUUGGAUCCCUUGUCAAGUUUUUCCGCUCCUGUGAGUGCUUCAGGUUUUGCUGUGUUUCCGGCUUCCCGACCUACUGCCUGUCCAUGACUAACCCUCCGUCUGCUUCCUCUCAAAUUAGUCUGCCCCGCUGAUUGUCUGCUAGGAUUCGACAUUACCUCCCUGUGAGUGACGGUCAUCCUUGGACCGUCUGACCAGGAUUGAAAUCGUUUUUGCAGCAGCAUGAGACUAUGUUGUCUGCUGCUGCCUCAGAAGCCAGACAGGCAGCCCAGGCUAAUGAGCAGACUCUCUCGGUGUUAGCUUCCAAAUUAUAACAAUUAAUGGAUUUCAUCACCUCUUCAGCUGCUACCUAGUCCUCGCCGGCAACUCCAGCUCCAGUUCCAGCUCUAGCUCCAGCCCCAGCUCCAGCUCCAGCUGCUCCUCUGUCCUGCGAUGCUCCUGAGCCCCGUGUGGGAGUCCCAAAACGUUAUGAUGGCAGUCCAGAGACUUGUGGCCCCUUCCUAACAAACUGUUCAUUGCUGUUUUCCCUUCAGCCCUGUACCUUUGCCUCAUAGCAGGCAAAGGUCGCUUUUACAAUUAACCACCUCACAGGCAGAGCUCGUCUGUGGGGAACUGCUGAAUGGGAGAGACAAUCAGAAGCCUGCUCUUCAUUCCAGAGUUUUGCUCAGGAGCUACGCAAAGUUUUCGGCCUGGGUUUUUCCAGAUCAGAGACUGCUCAAGGCCUCAUGGGGCUGCGACAGGGGGAACACACUGUGGCAGACUGUUCAAUUGACUUCCGCACCAGAGCCAGUCUCAGCAGCUGGAAUUCAGCUGCCCUGGUGGACGCCUUUCUCCAUGGCUUGGCUGAAUACAUCAAGGAUGAACUGGUCUCCCAUGAUGUGCCCUCGACACUGGAUGGAGUAAUAGAGCUAGCCAUUCGGAUCAAUCACCGCGUUCAGGCUCGCCGACAAGAGAAACGCCAGGCGUCCUUUCAUCAUCCUCCCAUCCAGUCCAGAGGGCAUGCCCACAACUCCACAUUUUCAUCAGUUCAGCUGUUGGAAGAACCCGAGCCCAUGCAACUGGGCCGUGCUUCCCUCACUCCGGAGGAACGAGAGCGACGCAGACGAGCUAACUUCUGCAUGUACUGUAGUCAGGCAGGUCACUUCAAGUUCACCUGUCCAGUAAAAGCCAAGGCUCACCAGUAGUUGGGGAGAUACUGGUAAGUCCUAUGAUUGUGCCCUCCCCUCAACCACAGAGACCUCAGCUCCAAGCCCGGUUGCUCCUUCCUGGUAGCUCUCAGUUCCUGCUCACACUCAUAGACUCUGGGGGUGAUGCCUGUAUUAUCGACAAGGGGUUGGUUCAGCAGUUGGGGCUAGAGCGGGUUCCUUUGCCCCGUCCUAUUCUUGCUCGGACUCUCGACGGACAUAUUCUGGGGACUGUCACACACCAGACAGUCAGUGGGUUCCAAUGUUGCUUUGUGGCAACCAUCAUGAGGAGAUCCAGUUCCACAUCCUGAAGACUCCUCAUCAGCCUCUCAUUCUGGGUUACCCCUGGCUUCGUCGGCACAACCCCAACAUCGACUGGGAGACGGGAGCUGUCCGUGAAAAGGGUAUGGGCUAUUGACCUCCUGCCUGGCACAUCUCCGCCCAAGGAUCACCUUUACUCCCUGUCAGCACCUGAAAAAGAAGCCAUGGAAUUUUAUAUCAAAGACUCUCUGGCAGCAGGCAUCAUCCGUCCCUCUUCCUCUCCUGCUGGGGCAGGCUUCUUCUUUGUUGAGAAGAAGGAUACUACUUUGAGGCCUUGCAUUGAUUACCAAGGACUGAAUGACAUCACCAUAAAGAACCGCUACCCUUCCUGGCCUGUUCCUGACUCCUGCAAACAGUUGCAGCAUUUCCUCGGUUUUGCCAACUUAUACCACCGUUUCAUCCGCAAUUACAGUUUUGUUGCUGCUCCCCGCACCGCCCUAACCAGCUCCAAGGUGCCAUACCAAUGGAAUCCUGCUGCUGAUGAGGCUUACAAGAACCUGAAAUCCAAGUUUACCUCAGCACCCAUCCUUCAAUUACCAGAUCCCGAUCAGCAAUUCGUGGUGGAGGUGGAUGCCUCGGAUGUGGGGGUCGGAGCUGUCCUCUCCCAAAGAUCAGCUGCUGACCAGAAGCUCCACCCCUGUGCCUUUUUUUCAAGACGCUUGUCUUCGACAGAGAAAAAUUAUGACAUUGGCAACAGAGAACUACUAGCAGUAAAGGAGGCCCUAGAGGAGUGGCGGCACUGGCUGGAGGGCACAAAGGAGCCAUUUUUUAUUUUCACUCAUCAUAGGAACCUCGAGUACCUUCGCACAGCCAAGAGACUUAAUAUCCGUCAGGCCCGCUAGUCUCUGUUCUUUACAAUAUUCAACUUUAUCCUCUCCUACCGCCCUGGUUCUCGCAACACCAAGGCAGACGCCCUGUUCCAGAGGGAAGAGGGCAUUGCCGAAACUCCUGUUACCAUCCUUCCCCCCUCCUGUGUUGUCGCCACUCUGUCCUGGAACAUAGAGGAAAGGGUGAGAACCGCCAACAAGGGACAGCCAGGUCCCAGCGCCUGUCCCCUAGACUGCCUCUAUGUUCCUGAAGCACUGAGGUCAGAUGUUCUGCAGUGGGCCCACUCCUCCAAGCUUACCUGUCACCCAGGCUCCCAGCGUACACAGGAUUUUCUACUUCAGCUCUUCUGGUGGCCCACCCUGAAGGUAGAUACCCGCAACUUCAUCAAGGCUUGUCCCACGUGUAACCAGCAAAAGACCUCCCGUAGGUCUUUUGGCCUGCCACUGCAGGAUUCCUUCAGCCACUCCCAAUACCACAUUGACCCUGGUCCCAUAUCUCCCUAGACUUCGUCACCGGUCACCCUCCCUCUGAUGGCAACACAGUCAUCCUCACCGUGGUUGACCACUUUAGCAAGAUGGCCCACUUCGCCCCUAUCCCCAAGCUGCUGUCUGCUAAGGAGACUGCCAAGCUAGCUCUGUUCCAUGUCUUCCGCCUGCAUAGUCUCCCAGUAGAUGUGGUGUCUGACCGGGGCCCCCAAUUCGCCUCUGUCUUCUGGAGAGAGUUCUGCAGCCUGAUGGGAGCCACAGCCAUUCUUUCCUCUGGGUUCCACCCCUAGUCCAACGGGCAGAUGAAGCGCAUGAAUCAGGAGAUGGAGACGGCUCUGCGCUUCCUGGUAUCCCAGAACCCAUCCUCCUGGUCUCAACAACUCUUGUGGGUGGAGUAUGCCCAUAAUUCUCUCACCAGCUCUUUCACAGUCCUCUCUCCCUUCCAGUGUGUAUAUGGUUACCAGCCUCCACUUUUCCCUGCUCAAGAAAAAAAGGUUACCUGCCCAUCUGUCCAAGCCUUUGUUCACCGCUGCCGUCGGACCUGGGACAGAGGUCACUCCACCAUCCAGCGCCCCGUGGGUCGCUACGCCGUCACAGCCAACCAGUGACAUUCCCCAGCUCCUGAUUACCAGGUGGGCCAGAAGGUGUGGCUCUCUGCUAGGGACUUGCCUCUCAGGGUGGAGUCGAAAAAGUUGGCCCCUAAGUUCGUCAGCCCAUUUGCUAUCGAGCGGAUCAUCAGCCCUACAGCAGUGAGACUGAAGCUCCCACGCACCAUGCAAGUUCAUCUGACCUUCCAUGUCUCCAGGAUCAAGCCAGUUCAUGAGAGUCCUCUUUCGCCUGUGGUCCCACCUCCUCCUCCUCCUCGCUUUAUUGAUGGGGGCUUUACCUACUCAAUUAGGCCUCUGGUUCGGUCCCGUCGUCGUGGCAGGGGUCUCCAGUACCUUGUCGACUGGGAGGGCUACAGUCCAGAGGAGAGGUCCUGGGUCCCUUCUCGCCACAUCCUCGACCCAGACCUCAUUGUUGACUUCCAUCAUCAGUAUCCUUCCCAGUCCUCCAACCCUUCUAAUCCACCAAGGGAUCCUCAUUCAACAGCCUGCACCUCGGUUUUACUAGCCUCUCCUGAGGGGGAUCGUUCAGGUGAUGAGAGCUCCACCCAUUCUGAUCCUGCUGAAUUGCCCAUGAAGGACAUGGACUGGUCAGGUUCAGAGGAGUUUUAGGCCACCUCCUGCCGUUGUGUUUCCCCCCGCCCACCCCGGCUGGGUGGGUGCUUUUGGACGUCGGGUGCCGUCCGUGAAGAAGGGGUUCUGUCACACUCUGCUUUGUUUCCCAGGCUGAUUUUCACUCACCUCCCUGCCACACCUCCUCAUCAGUGCUGAUUCUCCACACCUGUGAAUGUCAAGCUGCAGCUCCUCCCUGCUGAUUAGCCAGCCAGUAUUUAAGACACUUUGUGUCCCUCAUUCAGUGCCAGAUUGUCUUCGCCGCAUGCACGACUCUCCAGCAGUAUUUCUCGGAUUGACUUCUCGGUUUCGAGACAGUGAUUCUCCCAUCCGUAGACAGUGAUUGGAUGAAUCAAUUCAGGUUUGUCUGUAGUCGAUUCAUUCUGCAAAUGUAAGGCUCUUAGACGAGGGGUUGAUGCAGGUAAUCUCCACCAAUUGGCUGAGAUACAAGCCUGCGCAGCGCUGCAGCUCAAAGCCAAGUAGCUAGGGCGAUGCUAAUCGCUAACGUACAGGACCACACAGUCAGUGCACGGGACGCACGGAGCAGCGAGUUCAUCCACGAGAAACUGGUGAUGUUAGAGUGCAGCAGGAAACAACAAGAAGCAGAGAGCAACAGACAAAAAACUUUUCAGCGUGUUUUGAUGUUGUAAUCAUAAUAACAACUGCCACAGGCUGAAAUAACCCUGAAAUAGUUUAGGGUCCAAGUGGUUAAAAACUUACUUACAUGUGAUGGGUAUUUUUGGGGAAAUAUGGUUCCUGGAAUAGUCAGUAGACAAUCAUAAUCAUUCAGUUGUGUUUAAAAAUGCAGACUAAAGAUCGAGAAAAUCGACAAUAUUGUAGAAUUGAAAUUAAAGCCGAAUCUGCAUCCAAAAAAUCGUAGAAGAAUCGAAUCGGGAGAAAAGCAUAUCGUCCCAGCCCUAUUUGUUCCAUUUUCCCCACUUUCUGGGGUUUGUUUCUUGUUGGAGUCGUUGAACGUGUGUAAAUUUCUCCACUUGGUUCAGACAGGUUUUCUGAUUGGGUGGGUUAUCCUUACACCAAUUUCUUGUAAUGGCCUUGCUGCUGCAAGUAGUAUUUCAAUCAAGUAUCUGUCUUUAAUUUGUAUGUUUUUCUGCGUUAGAUUACCCCGGUACAUUACCUCGAAGGUAAUGGGAAGCUUGUAUCCUAGUCUUGUUCUCAUUCCUUUGCCUACUUCUCCCCAGUAUUUAGUUAUUUUCUUACUGCAUCAGAAGAUGUGGGUGUGGUCAACAUUGUGCUCUGCACAAUUUCUCCAGCAAGGCUGUGAGACCAGCAAAAAAAAAUCUUUUUCAUGCUUGGAGGAUUAUUUUGACAUUUGUGCAACUGUGGGGAAAAAAACAACAAAGGAAACAAAAUACUUUCUACUUAUCAUAUUAUCUAUGAUCAUGCCAGACCAGUAGCCAGCAGGUGGUGAUGAUGUAAAUCAGUCUGCCACGUCAACAUUGUGCGCUGUUGACACGUCCUCCUGAGCAAGCAACGACUGCAAACAAUGUUUCUUAAAUUGUGUACCGAGCAUUAAGUUAAAAAUAACUUUUGAGUGUUUAUAUUUAUUCAACUUGUAGUCAUAGUAAGAUGCAAUUAAAACUUAAAGGUUCCAGGCAGAUCUAAACAAACCAGAAUCUCACCAUCUUUGCACAUGAGCAAGACGACAUCUGCCAUGUGCAAACGGAGUUAAUGAGGCUUUUGUUUUCUGUUCACACAAACUCACAGAAAACAGAGUUUACCCUGCUAAGUGUUUCUAAAAACCUCUGCUUUUAGUGUUUGAACACACACACAUCCACACAAAAAAAAGGUUUUCAAGAUGACCCUCCUACAUGUGGACUAGACCCAAGUCUUCCCAGUUGUAAAGAUGAGGACCAAAACACUGUUUUACGAGCUUCCAUCUUCAAUUAUACUCAAUUAUUCAACCUUCAUCCAUACAAGGAGUGGCAUCCCUCAUUUAUUUUAAUACUGAGUCAUUUACAGAAGCAUUCAAAUAAAAAAAAACCGAAGCAAACUAUAAAAAAAACAGAGAAAGGAUUUUCAAAAGGGGAAUAUGUUUGAUUACAAGGCGUAAAAUGAUUAAAAUAGACAAGACAGGUAUGUGAUAAAGAUGGUUUAAAGAUAUUACUGUUAAUGUGAUUUAUUCCAGGAGUCAGAUGCAGGGAAAUAAACAUAUUUCCUCACAGUUCUGAUAAAAUGUUAAAAAGUUAAGAUUAUCUACAAUCAACACCACACUAUGAAAAUACUCAACAGCAAGUUAAACUCUUAUGUUCAGCUUUAUAAUCAUACAAAUGAAGUUCCUCUAAAAGUAAAGGUCCGUUAUCAUUUCUGACCACAUGUCCGAGGGUUGUGAUCAUCAUUUCACCUGCUGGUUUGCACAUCAGCAUUUUAAAUUUUUAACUAAAACUUAUUUUGUUUUAAUUUGUCUGCUUUGAUCAUGGGACUGAUCUGCUUCUGCACACGCUCACAGGUGAAGUGUUCGACUACCUCGUGUCUCAUGGGAGAAUGAAGGAGGUGGAAGCCCGAGCCAAAUUUCGACAGGUAUAACAAAAACACUUCCUGAUGUUGGCUUUUCUCAAAUAUUCUCACAUGUAUUUGUCUCUAUUUGAAACCUAUUUACUGUUUUCCACAGAUCGUGUCUGCUGUCCACUACUGCCACACGAAGAACAUCGUCCACAGAGAUCUGAAGGUGAGACGAUUCAGGGAUGUUUUAGUGCGCUCUCACAUACGUCGGAUUAAGGCGAGUCCAAGACUGGGACGUUUCUUUCACUGGCAGAUUACAGUGAAAGAGAAAUUUAUAAUCUGGGACUAGUCUUAAUCUGUGUCUGUGAAAAAGGUCCUUCAGCAUCUUAAUUGCAGUGAAGAGUCGAAAUGCUGCUUUUUACAGUGCAGGAUGAGCCUGCUCCUGUUUGAGUAGAUUAUUAUUUUACUCCAAACACACACAGUGACAAAUAUAUAUAUAUAAAUACGUACAGUGUGACUCAUGUCCAGGAUCUGUUUUGUUGGACAUCACACAAGCUCCAUCCCCCUCCCCAUCUGUCGCUCAUUCAUGCUCUGUUUUUUUUCUCUUUUCUUCAUCACAACUCACAUUCCCGUGCUCACCCACUUUCUCAUUCCUCUUUAUCCUCCUCAUCCAACUAUUCUCUCCCACUGUUCCCCCCUUUAACCUCUUGUUCUGUAACUUUGACCCUCUCUCUGGCAUCCAUCCCCUCCUCCUCCUCCUCCUCUACCUCCUCUCUCUCUGCUUUAAUGUAUGUGUGACUCAGGCCGAGAACCUUCUGCUGGACGCUGACGCCAAUAUCAAGAUCGCCGACUUCGGCUUCAGCAAUGAGUUCACGCUGGGCAACAAGCUGGACACGUUCUGUGGCUCACCGCCCUACGCUGCCCCCGAGCUUUUCCAGGGCAAAAAAUACGACGGGCCUGAGGUGGACGUCUGGAGUCUGGGAGUGAUUCUCUACACGCUGGUCAGCGGGUCGCUGCCGUUUGAUGGACAGAACCUGAAGGCAAGUGGAUGAGGAGUGUGUGUGUGUGUGUGUGUGAGAGAGAGAGAGAGCGAGAGAGAGACGGAGAGAUAAUGUGUCUCCGGAUGGGAGAAGAUUGAGUUUUCAUUUUUAUGAUGUAAGGAAACAAAGAUUUAAGAGUGCACAACUUGUAUGUCAACCUCUUUCCACACCUGUGUUCUCAACCAAAAAACAACUCAAAUCCUAAUCUUACCUGAUAAAUAUCUUGAUCGUCACUUCUUUGCAUCAGAUUCUUUAAAGAAAUGCCCUGUAUUCCUGGGAAGCCAUCUACCUGGUAAAAUGCACAGUAACUGGUUACUUGUUCUGUCAGUGUAAUAGAUUCAGACUGUAGUGAUGUACUUUCAGUUUAUGCUGCACUCUUACCAGAUGAGAUGUAGCAGAGCUGCACAGACAGGAAAAUCUAAUUAUAUUAUCAAACUGAACAUAAAAUGGUUACUGCACUCUGGAGCAUGUGAAAAUAUACUGUAGAUAUUGGUGGUUAGUGAAGGGCGGUGCACCAGUUUGAUUACUGGUGUUACAGGCUGUCACAACAUGGACUUUGCAGCACGGUCACCACCAUCUUGAACACGCAGUUUGUACAUUAUGCAAUGAUUGAACCUCACAUGACUGAGAUUGACUUCCCCAACACUAAUGUGGGAAAAAAAUGUCAUGUAAUGGGUUGAUAUGUGACUGACAACAUCUGGACUGCAUUUAGAGUAGGAGGCAGACUCAUCAGAGAGCUCUGCCUCCUACUUCUCGAGUUAAAGUGGGUGUCAGUGUUAAUAAUGAAAAUGCAUCAGCACACAGCAACCAGGUAAGCUAGAGCUCUUUUUUCUGCAAGUUUGAUGUCUGCAAGUAACACCGCCUCCAGGAUGGAUCUGUGAAAACAGGUCCACCUGCUUCAAAGUGUUUUUAACUGAUGACUUGGUCGGUCUAAUAAGAAGAGGCGAGGCGUCCUGUAAUCAAAGCAGCGCCUGACUCUCCCCACAAUCAUCACUAAAUCAUAGACAAACUCUUUCCAACAAAAGUCUGUAAGUGUUUUGAUGUUAAAAUGCCUUUACUCUGAAACCCCCACCUCAGGAAACGGCAUGUUUUUCAGCAGUAACUAAGGGAAACAGGAGUGAAAAAAACUCAGAUCAUAGAGAUUCAGUGAAAAAACUACGUACUGCAAAACUAAGUACUGAGCUUGAACACACAGUAGUUAUUAAAUUAUCUUUCUCUGUUCUCAGGCACAGACAUGAGUCAAAUCUCUGCUUCAGAGGGAGAAUAAAGGGCUCAUUGGGAGUGAAUAUUUAUUCACAUGCUCUCAUGCUGCAAUAUAAGACUGUCAUCGCAAAGAGCAAAAAAUAUAAAAUAAAAAUAAGAUAAAAAUCUUAACUUAUGUUGUCCACUCUUACAGGUGAUUCAUUCACUGACUUAAAGACCUUAAAGCUCCUUUAAGGAGUUUUUAUCUGGUCAUUAAAUGGACUCAGAUUGACUCUGAUGCCUCUUCAUGACCUUUAAAGGCAACAGUCUCAUCAACAUCAAGAUAGAAAAAACUUUCUUCAUUGUUGAUAUAUCUGAAACUGUCAGACUCAGAGUCAAAUUGUUUGCUUUUUGAUUCACAAGCCAGCAAUUCAUUUUACUGUGCAUGAACAGCAGGGUGGCUUUGUUUUUAACACAUACACGGGGAGGGACAAAUCAAAUUAAACUACAGUUACUUACAGGAGCUUCAAAACAACAUAAAAAGUUUAAGUCAUCAUCGUCUUUUUUUUUUCCAGUUUUUUUUUUUUUUGUUGUUGUUGUUGUCUGCAACAACAAUUUGUAAACUUUAGUCCAGACAUUGCAGACUGAGGAUAUUCCUCAGACAGCAUGAUUGUUCUAGACUUUUUAUGUAUGAAAAGGAAUAAUGACUCAAAAAAAUAAUGAGGGAAAACUUCCUUCAAAAACUGAUGUCUGCUGAAAAACCUUUUCUCUCAGGUCAUAAACUCAGCAGGAAAACGCUAAGUGACCCCUCAUGUUUUCUGGGGGCAGAAAACCUUACAAUAGAGAAACUUUUCAGUGAUUAUCAGUGGAGAGACGAAACAGUUAUAAAAAGGUGUUUAUUCCCUGUAGAUUUUAUCACCUUAACAGCUGAGACAUUAUUCAGUACAAUAUUCCCACAGUACAUACUGCCGAAGGAUAUUUCAUGGUUUUAAGGCUCACAUGUAAACAGACUCAGGUACAGGUCUGGGCUGAGACUGUUCUUCUGCCAUAAACUUGUAGUUAAAUGAACAGAUUUAUUUCAUGUCGCUUCGCUGUUUUAAAAUACUCAAAAAUGUCAUUUAUUUAAGGACAUGGAUUCAAUGUAAAACAAAUUCAUAAAUCUCUGGCAUUUGAACGUCUUAGCCCUUUAAUUGCCUGUAUAAUCAACCUGUUACAGUGUGUGUGUGUGUGUGUGUGUGUGUGUGUGUGUGUGUGUGUGUGUGUGUGUGUGUGUGUGUGUGUGUGUGUGUGUGUGUGUGUGAGAGAGAGAGUGCACAGAUGUGGAUCAUAUGAUAUGUAGCCACUACUCCUUCAACUCACUCAGCUAAGUGUGGUCAGUGUUAACUUAUUUCAUUAUUAACAAAGAUGCAGUCGUCAUGAGCAGGUAGUUGUUGGUUCUGAUGUUUAAGUCAGACACGUUUGUCCUGAGCAGAAAAUCUGAGUUCUGUGUGAAAAUGUGAAGCAGACACAGUGUGUAAAGCCCCUUCAGGAUGAGUGUGUGUUGAUAAUUUCAGUGGAAUUUUAGACACUGUAUUGACCUCAAUAUAAGACCACCCUGGUUUUCAAUAUGAAGGAAAAGCUCUCUGUUUUUAAAGUGAAAUUGAAGACUGAUCUUUUUAAUCUAGCUGUUGCUUAAAGUCCCACUCCAAUCGUUUAUUUUUCUUCUGAAAGUGUCCUCAGUGGUCUUUAAACUGUGAUUAUGAAGUUUUUAGCCAAAAUCGUGUUACCUGUGUCAUUUUCAAGGACUUCUCUUCUGCAGAGCUCCGGUUGCUCAUUCGCAAUUCACCUCUGAGUCGUGGGCGGAGACAGCAGUGCUCUGCACACGCCUCUUCACACUAGCUGGUAGUGUAACAUUGCUGGUGUAGUAGAAGUAACAGGUAACAUAGGAGCUAUUCAGCUCUGAGACACUAAUGUCUUUGGGGCCAUGAUGAAGGUUAAUAUCAUAAUUAUCUUUCUUAAGAGCACUGAAAUCCGCUAACGCACAAGCUUUUUCUGUGAUUGUCCUCUCUACUUUUCCGAGUCUGGUCUGCAUAGUGGGGCUCUGGGGGCGGAGCUUGGAUUUGUUACGUAGGAAAUCUCACUGUCUGAACCUCCCGUUUGGAUCUGUGAAAGAUUCACAGCAAUUUGAAUGCAGGAAUACUCAUAAACACAAUUUCACAUAUAUUUUUCUCAUGAUAUGUCCUGUAGCAUCAGAGAAAUGUCAUGUGAACAUGCAGACAGCAAGAAAAACAUGAUUUUCAUCAGAGUAGGCCUUUAGGGGUGAUUUUGAUGUGGCCAACAUUUUUAUGGAUUUUUUCUUCCAACAGAUCUCCAAAAGCAAUUUUGUUUUUAUAACUUUUACUUAUUUAAAUAGACUUUCUUCUGAAUUUACUCUGUUGAUUAAUAUUUAUUCUAUUUCCUUUUACCGUAAAUCUUUUGUUUACAUCUUUUAUUUUCAAAAUCCUUUAUUUUUUUUUUAUAUUUCUGUUAGAUUCCCUUUUUUAACUUCCUUUCAUAGUGAAUCUCUCUGGACUGCAUACCUCUAUACAUCAAAACUGCUGUAUGAGUAAAGUAGAGCUGAAGUUAAAAAGACUUUGUAAAGGCCAAAUCUUUUUUUUUUUUUAUAGAGGGUAGUUAUGACUAGAAAUAUUAUUCAAACAGACUCAUUGAAUAAAACAACAACACAAAUGUUAUUGACAUCUUUAAAAAAAGAUUUAAAUGUCUUCAAAUUAAGUUGUUACAGUAUUAUGACAUAAAAUGAUCACGGCUCAGAUGUGAUAAUAUUAAAGUUAAAAUUAAAAAUUAAAAUUUUGUUUUGAUUAAUUAAUUUGUGGACAGAUGUUGAUGAUUGGUUGUGGUCAACAUCGCUGAUUCUUCUGUCAGUACUGAAUAUUAGCAUAAUGACUGUGUUUAUUAGUGAUAAUGACUGUUUUGGGUUUGCUGUUAAUGGGUGAUGGGACAGAUGUGUUCUCAUUUAGAAAAGAUGAUGGUGGUAUCGGUGAAUGACCGUCAAACGUCCGCCUGUUCAUCAGUCUGUCCCUACUAUCUUGUGUAUUUUUGUGCUCUGAGCAGACUGUGACGUCUGUCUCAAGCUGCACUGACCUCUCACUGAACCGUGUCAGGUCAGCUGAUUGCAGUUACAGCUUCUGAUUGGUCAGCAAACCAAAAGAAGAUGUCAGUCUUAAUUGAGCACAGUCAGCAUGAACGUGAAAUAAAUACUUGAAUAAACACAGAUUACCUUUGUUUUUCAGUGAUGGGAUUCGGACAGUCUGAAAAUACACAGAUUUUUUAGUAGAAUAGAAAAACUCUGACUGUUGCAAAAACACACACAAAGUUUAUCCCCUGAAAGCUGCUGGUGAAGGUUUCACAGUAGGCUGCUGUAUUUUCAUUGUAUUGUUAGAGCUAAUAUUGUCAACGCAACAAUAAUCCACAUAUGUGACUGUGUCAGGAGAUGAAUUACUAAACCCUGAAUAUAAGGUGAUCCCACUGUGUUUUCAGUUGUAUGUCGAGAUUAAAAAGAGUUUGAUUUUUGGGUCAGUAUGGUAGCUUACUGAUGUCCCAGGUCCUGACAUGACAGUCAAGGUCACUGCUAAUGUGGAUCAUCCUUUUCAUACAGCUUUCUCUCAGUGUGUUUGCAUACUCGCCGACCUCCUGUUGGUUACUGAUAUUAGAGAAUUAUUAUGUUUUUAUUUAUUUUAUUAUUAUGUUAUAUAUUUAUAUAUUUAUUAUAUUAUUAUGUUAUUAUUAUGCAAAAAAAUCCAGGUCCGCAGUCAUUGAUGUUUGAAAUACAUCACCAGCCAGUGCAGGAUAAUCACAAAUAUCUCAUAUCAGAAUUAUCAUUGUGUUUUGUUUUUUAAUCUCAAUGUUUCCUGCAGAAAUCAAGUCAGAGAGGUUGUUGUAAAAAGUGGACUCUAAACUAUGUAUUAUCCCCAGUACUCUCUGUAGCACACGCUGCAGAAGAUGACAGCUGAGUGAUUUGUUUCCAAGUACAGUAGUUAGAGUUUUUGUUGUAGAAAGGCAAACUUGUCUUGUCUUUUUAAAUCAUAUUAGUGUAACAUCCACAUUUUUAUUCCUGCUGAAAAUGUAAUCUGUGUAUUUGGUGAGUUUUUCCUCUAAAAUAGAUAAUCAGAUUAGAUUUGAAAAACUCAUAGCGGUCUGUCUCUUUGGGAAAGUUCACAAUGUGUAAAACAGAGAAGCAGUUCCUGGUCUUUCGUGUGUGUGUGUGUGUGUGUGUGUGUGUGUGUGUGUGUGUGUGUGUGUGUGUGUGUGUGUGUGUGUGUGUGUGUGUGUGUGUGUGUGUGUGUGUGUGUGUGUGUGUUUUUGUUCCCUCUCUAAGAUUAAAGCAUUAACAUAUAACUGUAGAGUUAAUUCUUGUGUGCUGCCUCUGUUUUUAACUUCUGAAAUGAUGUUGUACUCUAAUGCAGAACCUAUCCAAAAUCCAGCAGAUGGCAAUGAAUGCCCUCUAAAGCUCCAAAGGGAGGAGACUAGUGUGUGUUUAACCCCUCUCAUCAGCACAGCAGACAGCCUGCAGAUGGGGGGGGGGGGUUGUUUUUAAUGCACCUUAAUGGCAAAGAUGCAGCCUCUGCCAUCACAGAGCGUAUGUGGUGUGAAUGGGUGAAUGUGAUUUUAGUGGUCAGGAGACUGGAGCAAGUGACAGUCCAUUAAGUAUUGCACUGUGUGCUUUUUUUUAUUAAAAAAAAAAAAAAAAAAAAAAACCUUCUAAAGAAUCACAUCACUUUGCUAUAAAACACUCCCUUGUUUAAAUUUAUCAAAACAUAGUCUGUGAUAUUUUUCACUCAUUUACUAUAUAAUGCUGUGCUGUUACAUGAGAGAUUUAAAGGUUUGAAUUCAUGAUAAAUGUCCAAAUUACAGAAAACUCCAACAGCAUAUUCAAUCUGUUGGAGUUUUAAAGGAGCAACAUGAACAACUUUUUGUCACAUAGACAGAUUAAUUUGUCAGUUUUUUUUUUCUUCCCUUUAGAAAAUCUGAGUAUAAUUUACAAUCCCUUUGUCAGUAGAGAGGUUAUUUUUAAUGCCCUAGGCAAUUUUGUGUGCGGCUUUGUGUGAGGCAGAGCACGUUAUAUGACACACUAACAAUGGUUGGAUUUGCCUGCUGGUGAUAUACAUCAGGUUUUCUGUUUAAAAAAUUGAAUAGUUUUUGACGUGACUGAGGUGUAUUAUUUCUGCCGGUGUUUUUUUAAUGCUCAGAUCGUUUGCACUUGGUAAAAAUUGCAAUCUCACUCUGUAGCAAAACAAAACAAGUAAGCACAGAUCCCCCUAGAAGACGAUAUCUCAACUUGAUUUCAAUCAAACCCUGAAGCAGUUCAUUUCAAAGAGGACUGACUCAUCACACAAGUAGUAGUUUGCUAGUAGUAACAAAGGCUCACAUUAGGGCCAGUGAACUGCCUCCAUUGAAUAAUUAGCCAGUUGCAACAACAUCACAGGGCUUCACAACAUCUGUUAGUUAAAAAACUGGUUUAGUUCAUAGAAUUUUGUCAGACUCGUUGGUUUCAGGAGAAUUUGUCUUUGCAUAACCUUUGCCUCUACAAGCUGCACUCAUACCGUUACUUACUGUUGUCAGAGUUUGCUGACAGUAUCAAACACAGAAGAGCAGUAAAAAAAAACCUGCUCUCACAAGGUUUUAACUUUCUUUGUAUCUUUUUUGUAAGACACUUUGCAGAUAUGCUGAUCUGGAGGCUUUUGAUGUCCUUGCUGUUUCAAGUCGACCCAUGAGUCAUUUUGUGGUGGGCUAACUGGCUAACGGUAGUCAGAGUCUUGACACCUGUAUGCAGGGGUCUCUGCUUUCACACUCAACAAAACAAUGUCUUAUUAGGGCCAUGCAGAUGGCUUAGCGGGUUAGCGCAUCCACAGCAGUUGCGGGUUCAAGGCCGUCCCGACCAUGUGCUGCAUGUCCUCCCCCCUCUCUCACUAUCUCCCCAUAUUUCCGCACUCUCCUAUCAAUAAAGGCUAAAAUGAAAAAAAAAAGUCUCAUAAAUGUGUCCCUGUCCCUGUGAAGAUGCAGGUAAUUUGAAAAAAAUGUCUCCAUGCCUCACUGUGUGGAUGCACCACCACACUCGCACACUAUGGGAUCUUCUUUGUGUAGUAAUGUGAUGUGUGUUGUGGCCAACAGGAGCUGAGGGAGCGCGUGCUGAGGGGGAAGUACCGCGUCCCUUUCUACAUGUCCACAGACUGUGAGGGGAUCCUCCGCAGGUUCCUCGUGCUUAACCCCACCAAGCGCUGCACCCUGGAGGUGACAAGUGAUGAACAAAGUGAACAUCCAGCAUUAUUGUACUCACCUGCUGAAAUUCAGCACAGCUGACUCUUUUCUGUGUUUCUGUCUCAACAGCAAGUGAUGAAGGAUAAGUGGAUCAAUGCAGGGUACGAGGGGGAAGACCUGAAGCCCCACAUAGAGCCUGUGGAGGACUACAGCGAUCCAGCUCGUAUCGGUAAGUCAAAGGAGCCUCUGCUUUAAUUCAGGAUGAUGAUACACACCUGUCUAAGUCCCCUCUCACCUGUCACACUUGUCUGCCUGUGCUCCUCAGAGGUGAUGGUGGGGAUGGGCUUCACUCCAGAGGAAAUCAAGGACUCUCUGCUCAAUCAGAAGUACAACGAGGUCACAGCCACCUACUUACUGCUGGGUCGCAAAGGAGACGUGAGUUCCAUUGCACUUCUCUACACAGUCAUGUGCAGAAAAACUAUCAAACUGACUUGAUCUUUCACUUUGGAUCCAGUUUCAUAACUCCUUCUUUUCUCUGGGAGUUUUAUUCCUCAAUCUUUUAUAUUUCUCAGGAUUUAAUCUAAUUUCAUGUCUCCAUACAAAGAUUUGAUUCAAAAUCAAGUCUCAAUUUAAAUCAAUUCAUAAUUCUCCUGCUGCUAAAUGAGUUGUGCUCAUUUAGGGAUUUAUUUGUGGUCAUCUUUUAUUUAGGAUUACAGCUCCUAUAUUUGAAAAUAUGUGCCACAAGUUUACAUGAUGUGAAAACACAGAGGCAAAACUCAGACAAAAGGUAACAUUUGUUUGAUGCUAAACUUACAAAAAUGACAUCACUGAGCAUUGCACAAAGCUAGCCUGUCCAUGUCAACAGUUCAACCGACUAACCAGGACUGACUCACCAUGUGGACACACCGUAGACGGCCAGGACUUGAGAUGUGCUGCCCACUUCAGCGUUGUUAAUGAUUUCUUGAAUUUAAGACUUCCUUCCAUAAAGUGUAUCACUGUUCGCUUCGAGUGAAUGAUUUUUAACAUGAUUGAGUGGAUUAGUUGAGAAAAUUGUCAUCUGCAUGCAUGUGAGCAUUGGUGCUCACAUGCAUUUCAUGUAUUGCUCUAAAGUUGAAUACAUAGAUCGGUGUACGUGUGCACAUGUUAAUUAAAAGGUUCGAUAUGAUCACAAUUCUGGUUUGUCUUGAGCCAUGCUGUCAGCUGACACUUUUGGAGGAUGUUACAAUGAUGCUAUUAAAAGGGUUUCUUGUCUGAUAUUUCCACAGCUCUUUUGUGCAAAGAUUCAAAAGGUUACAGAGCUAUUGCUCCUGUGAUUGGCCAAGUGGUCAUACAGUUUUAUUAUUAUCUUCUUGUAUUUUGCCACGGGAAUGUGCUCUUAGCUUUUUUGCAGGUAUGACUGGCUAUUUAAAUCUUUUUUUUUUUUUUUCAGAAGUCUACACCUUGAGUAAAGUAUGCUUAAUGUAGUGCUUUACACUUGGCUUCACUUUGACUGAUCAGACUCCUGGAAAUUUUUCUCCGAAUUUAGUUCACACCGACAAUUUAAAAAAAUGCCAUAUAAAGAUUUUUCUAUCCAACACAACUUUGCCUCUACUUACCAUCCAAAAGCGUUGGCAAUGAAUGAAAUAGCAGGCUGUCUUUUUAUUCAUCUCCACUUAGAUAUGCACAAUUACUCAUCCUGAGGGCUGGCAGGCUUUUCUGAAACUAAACUUAGACACAAACAAACACACUCUUGGUCAUCCCUCUUUAUUGAAUAUAUCUUUGUCAAAUUAUUUUUAGCAAGGGACAAAACAGCACAUAUAUCUAUAAAAAAGGUGAAACUAGGGUACCAGUUUGGCUCACCCCAUGUAUAGAGGCUUGAAGUCCUAGGAGUUGCAGCAGUAUCUGGUUAUACAUCACCAUCUACCUGGAAAUAUGUGCCCUUGGAUCAGCCUCUGUUCAGUGAUUUCUACUCUUCAAACAUCAUAUUGAGCUCUGAAUAUGUCAUUACAGGAGGGCAGUGACGCCCGCUCAGCCAGUAGCCUGUCCCUGGCGAGGGUGCGACCCAGCCCCAUCACCAAUGGGACCAACAAGCACUCCUCAGCCACUGGCUCCUCCUCCUCCUCCACCUCCUCCUCACACAGCAAGACCCAGCGUAGUGCCUCUACCUACCACAGGCAGCGACGGCACAGUGACUUCUGUGAGUUUUUACUCUGUUUGGGCAUUAAAUGUUUUAGACUUUGCAUUAUUGUCAUUGUUUAUAGGGUUUCCUGUUCCAGCAGCUGGUUCGAAGUUUGAUCUAAGAGAAAAACAUAAUAUCUGUCUCUGGAUGUUCAAACAUCCUCACCAGGAGUCUUGUAACAGAGAGUAAAGCCUUGGAUGGUUCAGGCUUAUCUUCCACAUCCCUGGAGGUACAGAAUAUUCCUUAUAUGAGUCCCUGUGUGUCUGUGCUCUGCUGUCCUCCACAACAAAGGCGGGCCCUCCAUGCCCGUCAUGCACCCCAAGAGGAGCCCAACCAGCACAGGUGAUCGGGAGCUGCGUGAGGGUCGGAUGCCCUCACGUAAGGCCAGCUGCAGCGUGAUGGGGAGCCACAGCCUCCCCCCCUCCAGCCCUAUGGUCAGCAGUGCCAACAACCCCAACAAGUCUGAGAUCCCAGAUCGCCGCAAAGACAUGACUGCCACCACGGUAAGACACGCACUCUACUCUUAGACAGGGGGCGGACUGUAGAUCUGACGUCUGAUCAGUCUGAGGAGUGGCUUUUCUGGUAUCUUGAGUGCUUUGUCUGUCAGCUGUUAUUUUAAAUUAACUAGAGUGUAAAAACUUGCAAACAAGACAAACAGCUCAUAUCUAAGAAGCAAUAGUUGCUUUUACACCCACUUUUUGACAUGACUGUCCUCACACAAUGAUACAGCUGGCGCGAUCCCUGCCCCUCCUAGUCAUUAAAUAAGCCGUCUGUGCUCAGAAAGGCCCUAAGAGAGUACUGUUUGAUCCACCUCUCAUUCCCCACCUUCAGCUUGAGCUUCAUCCUUCUGGAUACAGAUACAGAGCUCCCUGAUACUGACUGAACUGUUCAAAAUUCAAAAGCUUUCUUGAGGCUACAGGUGUUUUUCAUGUCUUCAGUGUGUUCAGAUUUAUAUCAUUUGUGUUUGGCAAUGGUGUGUGUAUCUGUGCAGAUCGUUGUUUCCUUGGAUGACAAAGAUUACUUGGGCGCAAUUAGCAUAAGUGAGCACCUCAUGUACAGGGGCUACUCUCCUUCUUCCACUGAUAGCAGCAGGAUUUGGUGAAUAUCAAUUCCCCCUCUCCCCACAUUCCCAGUGUCUUUUGAGCUGUCCUGUCAAUUAAGUCAAAAGCCAUAAAGCAUACUGCUCUGUAAGUUAUUAUAACCUUGUAUAGCAUAAUGCAUGGUGACCUCACAUUAAACAACGUCUCAGUUAGUCACAUCACAGUGUAGCAAUUCACAAUGUAUGUAAUGUGUCAUAAAGUAAUGUAUUUGGUUGUUAUAGAGCUUAAUUGGAUUUCAGUUGUGAUUAUGAUUUUUGCUCCCUACGGUUGUAAAAACUUGAUCAUCAAGACUGAAUGAUGUUGUCCCAACUGCUGUGUUUACCCUGCUAAGUGUUACACAGUGCAUCCGUAAAGUAUCCAUACCACUUCACUUUUUCCACAUUUCAUUAUGUUACAGCCUUAUUCCAAAAUGGAUUAAAUUCCCCUUUUCCCUCAAAAAUUCUACACAAAAUACCCCAUAAUGACAAAGCGAAAAACUUUUCUUUAGAACAUUUUGCAAAUUUAUUAAAAAUAAGAACACUCAAAUGUUGCAUAUACAUAAGUAUUCACACCCUUUACUCAAUACUUGGUCGAAGCACCUUUGGCAGCGAUUACAGCCUCCAGUCUUCUUGUGUAUGAUGCAACAAGCUUGGUACACCUGGAUUUGGGGAGUUUUCCCCCAUUCUUCCUUGCACAUCCUCUCAAGCUCAGUAAGGUUGGAUGGGCAGCAUUGGUGCACAGCUACUUUCAGGUCUUUCCAAAGAUGUUCAAUCGGGUUCAAGUCUGGGCUCUGGCUGGGCGACUCAAGGACAUUCAGAGACUUGUCCUGAAGCCACCCCUUUGUCUUCUUAGCCGUGUGCUUAGGGUCAUUGUCAUGCUGGAAGAUGAAGCAUCGCCCCAGUCGAAGGUCUCUAGUGCUCUGGAGCAGGUUUUCAUCAAGGAUUUCGAUGUACUUAGCUGCAUUCAUUUUUCCCUCCAUCCUGACAAGUCUCCCAGUUCCUGCUGCUGAAAAACAUCCCCACAGCAUGAUGCUGCCACCACCAUGCUUCACUGUAGGGAUGGUAUUGGUGAGGUGGUGAGCGGUGCCUGGUUUCCUCCAGACAUGACGCUUGGCAUUCAGGCCAAAGAGUUCGAUCUUCGUUUCAUCAGACCAGAUAAUUUUGUUUCUCCUGGUCUGAGUCCUUUAGAUGCCUUCUAGCGAAAGUCCAAGCGGGCUGUCAUGUGCUUUUUACUGAGGAGUGGCUUCUGUCUGGCCACUCUACCAUAAAUGCCUGACUGGUGGAGUGCUGUAGAGAUGGUGGUCCUUCUGUAGGGUUCUCCCAUCUCCUCAGAAGAACGCUGUCAGAGUGACCAUCAGGUUCUUGGUCACCACCCUGACCAAGGCCCUUCUCCCCCGCUUGCUCAUUUUGGCUGGACGGUCAGCUCUAGGAAGAGUCCUGGUGGUUCCAAACGUCUUCCAUUUCUUACUGAUGGAGACCACUGUGCUUUUUGGGAUCUUCAAUGCUGCAGAUAUUUUUCUGUAACCUUCCCCAGAUCUGUGCUCCGAUACAACCCUGUUUCGGAGGUCUACAGACAAUUCUUUCGACCUAAUGGCUUGUUUUGUGCUCUGACGUGCUCUGUCAGCUGUGGGAUCUUAUAUAGACAGGUGUGGCUCUCCAAAUCAUGUCCAAUCAGCUGAAUUUGCCACAGGUGGACUGCAAUCAAGUUGGAGGAACAUUUCAAGGCUGAUCAGUGGAAACAGGGCGCACCUGAGCUCAGUUUUGACUUUUAUAGCAAAGGAUGUGAAUACUUAUGUAUAUGCAACUUUUGAGUGUCUUAUUUUUAAUUAAUUUGCAAAAUGUUCUAAAAAAAAGUUUUUCGCUUUGUCAUUAUGGGGUACUUUGUGUAGAAUUUUUGAGGGAAAAAGGGAAUUUAACCCAUUUUGGAAUAAGGCUGUAACAUAACGAAAUGUGGAAAAAGUGAAGUGGUAUGAAUACUUUCCGGAUGCACUGUAUGUUGAAUCGAGCGCACCCUCCUCCCAAACAGCUCUUACUUUUGCUUCAUCAUUAGCAGCUCAGAUGAAUAUGAAACAAAGUUUGGGAGGUUUCAGCUCCUGCUAAGUUUUUACAGUGGUCCGCUGAAUCUUAAGCACCGCAAUAUAAAGUGUCGGGCAGCCACAGGUGAAGAGAGGAGAGCGGAGAGGGAGAGGAGCAGGAGGAAGCAGGUGUGUGUCUGAAGCCAAAAGGGGCAGAAUGGACAUGAUGAGAGAGGCUGUAGCAAUCAUGGGUGCUAACAGGCACCAACAAUCUAACAACUGUCAGUCUUGAAGGGGAGACAUCACUCUGAAUCAUAAAAAAAUACGCUACCAAGCAGAGAUCGAAAAAUGUGGAGUCACCAAGUCAUCUCCAUGCCAUUUAUUUGUUCUGCUCAGUUACUGAACCAGGUGCCUUCACUAAUGAGCUCACCUUCCUGGCUGCUCAUUGGAAGCAGCUGGUUCAGUGACAGAGCAGAACAAAUACAUGGCAUGGAGAUGACUUGGUGACUCCACAAUUCCCAUCUCUGCUGCCAAGUCAAAACUUUAUGUUAAAGUUUUUUGGAUUGACUAGACUGAAUCAAAUGCAAGCAUUAAAACAGCUCAAACCCUUUAAUUUUCUGUGACUGAAAAAAAUACUUCAGUACAAAUGAAACCUGGGAUUUCAUUUAGUAACUAUUAUCACUAAAAUUAAGACAAAGCUCUUCAAGUUGAAUUAAAAAAAUUAAUGCAAGGUCCCUUUCAGUCAUAGUACAUAUGACUUUUUUUAAGAGCUUUUAGGAUUAAAAGAGGUUUUAAGUUGGUGAAUGUGAGAGAUCACGAGUAAUCAUUUUUAAUAAUAGUGAUGUCAAUACCAAUCAAUGUAAUUCUAAUGAUGAUUUAUGUUUGAAUUGAGCAGCCCUAGUUUGUAGCAUUUCUUACUGUAACAUAAUUUAAUGUAACUUACUCAACAAGAUAUCUCAUAACAUCACAUAAUGCAGAGUUUUUAAUCUUUUUAUGAUGUGAUUAAACUUAAAGUGCAACUUAUCGUGAAAGACAAUAACAGAGACUUAAAUAAUAAUAUUUAAAUACAGCAGAGGGAGAAAUUUGAGGCUUUUUGUGAUCUGAAAAUCAUGUGAAAAUGUUAAAGUGGUAUCGGAGAGGAAGUAUAGAGUCUGAAAAAAAUGUAUGAUCACCCCCCCCCCCCCCCUUUGAGUUACAUUACCUUUUGUAAAAUUAUGUUUGGCUGUGUAGUGAUUAUUGUUGUGGUCAACCAGUUACAGUUUUUUAUGGCCCGUGCCAAUAAGGCAAAAUAUAAAUAAGUAAUAAUACUAACCGAGAAACAAAGCAGCUGAACUUGAGGGGAUGUUUGAUAAAAUAAUCAGAGACAAAAUAUUAUUGUGUCAAAUAAGAAAUGAUUGAUAAAUUGCCACAAAGGAAGUUUGGGUGUCUGUCCAACCAGCUUAAAUUAUUAGAAAAACAAAUCAAGACACAAGUUAAUGUUGCAUUAGAAAUAAAAAAAAAAGGUUUAAAUCCAUUAUUCCUAGACAUUCAAAUCAUGUAGAGGUGAUAAUGGUGAUAUCAACCUUAUGAAGGCCAAUAGUUAAGAAAAUGCAAUUGAUCUGUCAAUCUCUAGUUCAUGCAUUUUGAGUGAAGUUUAAGCUAUGUUUCAUACUUCACAUCUUCUGUCUCCGUAAAGAAACACUUUUGCACAUGAAUGCUGCUCUCUUUUCACUGCCUACACUGUGUAGUUUUAAUAUUAACACAUACAAACAGUAUUUAAUCAAUCAAUCAUCAAUCAAUCAAAUUUUGGGGGGAUGUCUGCAGCAACAAUUCCGAGGAAAGCACACCACAGUGACAACCACAAUGACUUAAACUGCUCAUUACUGGAGAUAGACCAUUUAACUGACCGAUAUCAGCAUUGCCUUUCUAAUCGGCAAGUGCAAUUUUCUGAACCCUAGUGACAGCAUAACAGAAAAUAUUGGAAACAUCUGGAGGGAUGUGUUGAAGUUUGGCACAAACUGUCAUCAGACUGAGCUGUUUCGAUUGGUGACUGUACGACUAAGGUUUCACUGACUUAAUGAGGAAAAAUGUUCCUGUUGUGGCGCAACCUCUAUUGUCAAAUAUACGAAAACGGCAGCUUGUGAUGGUGGUUCAGUUGUGCGCUAAGGUCUUGUUUUUUCUUGUUUUUUUUUUCUUAUCAUAAAAACAGGUUAGGUCACAUCUACUUUUUCCUCUCUCUGCAGAAUAACAUCCCUGGAAGUGCCAUGACACGCAGGAACACGUACGUGUGCACAGAUCGCUCCGGUGCCGACAGACACUCUCUCUUGCAGAAUGGCAAAGACAACAGGUACAUCUUCAGGUUUUAUUAUCAAUACUUUUGGGUACAGAUCUUUCAUAGGUAGCUGUAGCAGGUAAUAAGUUUCUAACAGGGCUACAGCAGCAAAUAUCAAAAUAAUGACUUUUUGUUCUCUGUAUUAGAUGAUGCUCCUUUUGUCUGAGUAGAAAAACCAAAAGAGGAAGCAGUUUUUCAGCCCUAGCCAAAAUCUCAUUUGUAGGAUGUGUGAAUAUCUGAAAUAGAACUUUCCAGAACAUUUUGUUUCUUGGAAAUUCGCCGGCUCAGUUUUUAAGAUUACACACUCAUCUUCAAAACCAACGAAAUCAGAGUGUUUCUCUCUCCACUUGUAAAAUCUUAAACUCUGGGAGUGAACAGAACUGAAAAAUAACAUGCUCUGUUACCGAUGUCUUAAAGGGGACCUGCCAUCAAAAUUUCAUACCCAUUUUUAUCAUUUUUUUAUAAUCCUUGAUGUCCUCUGAUCAUGUUUGCAACAUAAUUUUAGCUGAAAAGUUAUUUGAUGGUUUGUCUUAGUAUGCCUAAAAAACCUUACAGGAAAACCAACUGAUUUUGGCUCAUUAACAUUUAUGGUAAUAAGCUUUGCUCUGAUUGGAUCGCUGCUGUAAAGCCUGCUGUGCUCUGAUUGGCUCAGCAGUGGAGGUUCGGAUUUCGGUUUAUCCAUUUUGCUAAUGUGUGCUAAAGUAAGGUACCCAGAUGUCUGUAAUGAUAUCCGGGGAUAUUCGGUGCGGCGGGUGCAGGGGCUGCAGGGGCUGUGUGAUCACAGACAAAAUCUCGGUACUAUUUAGUAGCAGCGCAUGCCCCUUGUAAUAACCCCCGUAAGAACUGUUGUUCAGGACUGCUUACUUGUGCUUCCUACCCAUUCGGCUACUGUAAUAACCGUUGUUCGAGCCCACACGCAACAUUUUUGCUCUCAUUCAUGAAACGCUUAAAUCGGGGACAUUUUCGGGGACAGCUUUUGCCGAGGACAGGUCAUCCAAUACGGGGACUGUCCCCGGAAAUCGGGGACGUCUGUUCACCUUAUGCUAAAGGCUAAAAAUGGCAGGUAUUAAACCAUAUAUUUUAGACCCCAAGUCCGAAGAGGAGGUGGAAGUUGAAGAAGAAGCCAGAGAUCUCCAGUGGUGUUUUCAUUCAUUCUGCCCAGCUUUAAGUUAAUUUUCCCGGCAGUGAACCCAAGGAAACACCUGUUGUUUGGAAGAGACCCAUAGGGGAUACAGUGGUAGCUGGGUCUCACUCUGGCUGGAUGUUGACUGUGAAUGAGUACGAGAACGAGAGAGUGGGUGCGGCUCACCGAGGACGCGCUCGUGAAUAAUAAAUAAUGAGCAAGGUCAGCGCGACAUCAGAGGGACCUGCUUUUUCAAUUGGCCUGGUUUACCCGUUCCUUUAUUUUAAACCUUUACAGAAUGCAAACGAUGGAACGGUUUGUUUUCACAUUUACAACAUAAGACAAACAUAAUAUGGACCUAAUCUGACACAAAAACACACAAAAUUACAUUUUGAUGGCAGGUCCCCUUUAAGGGAGUUAGAGGGAGAGGAAGGCCAUCAGUACAAAUAAAGCAGCAGAAAAUAUGAAGUGUCAAAUUUCAAAGCAUGUAAUAACUAACAUGCUCUAACCUUUAUUCAUUGAACUCUGUGUAAAUUUUUGUUGAAUUCCCCUGUAUCAUUUAUAUAAAGAAAAGUUUUAAGAAAAUGUAUCACAUUAAAAGUAGGGCCUUAUGAUUUCUGUGUUAACAGAAUUACAGAUGGAAUCACAGAAUUGGCCAAUAAAAAUGCAAUCCAAUGUUGAGCGUGGAAUUUCAUGGAAAUUGGCAUAAUGUGACCAAUUUGGUGAUUUGAUUUGGUGUCAUCCACAGGUCUUUGAUCCUUCACACAGUCCUUAACAACGCUCUGCCAGCUUUUGUGACACAGUUCCUCACUGACAUCAGUCUGAUCAGCAGCACCUAUAUGCUUGACACAGGGUGUGCAUUACUUUUGGCCUGUCAACUUAGUAUUUUGGGAAAACGUGGCUUUCAACAGCACAGUAUUGUGUUUAUAUUUUAAUUCUCAGUGGCCAAAGAGAAAUAAAUUCUUUAAAAGUACUUACAUGCUGAUAUCAGACCUUGAUCACAUCAAUAUUAACACUUUAACAUCAGCACUGACAGCCCUGGAAAAAAUACUUACUUUGUACUUUUCCUUUAAAUUCAAAAUUUAUUUGUACUUUUCCUUUUUUCUUUAUUUCUAAUUAUUAACCUGUAUUAACUAAUUACUUUUUUAUCUAUGUAUUGUUCUUUUUUUUUAUAAUUUGUCUUUUAAAAAACAUUGAUAUGGCUCCAAAGAUGAGUGUUUUGACAAAGAUUUAACCUAAUUUUUUUAUAAGUUCUGCUUUUACCUUAAAAAGUUUAAUUCAAAUGAAGUUUAUUUAUAUUCAGGUAUUGAGUGAGUUUAUCUCAUCAGCAUCAAAAUGCAUCAGCUAGAAAUAAAAUCUAAAUUUUGUGACAAAACAAACAGACAGAGACGACUCAUGCUCUUGUUUGAGUGGGAUUUACUGCAUUUGUUCUUGUCUCUGCAGCUCCCUGGGUCACCGCAUGCCUGCAGCAUCUCCCUCCACGCUCAGCAUCUCUGGGGCUGGAGCCGCCUCCUCCUCCUCCUCUUCAGACCGAUGCCGCCUGACCAGAGGAUCCACAAUUCGCAGCACCUUCCACGGGGGUCAGCUGAGGGACCGUGGACCACCGGUCUACUCCGCCCCACCUACUUCACCCACCCUGUCCCACCAUGAAGCCAGUCCUCUGCCCCACGCCCGCACCAGGGCCACCUCCAACCUCUUCACCAAGCUGACCUCCAAACUCACUCGCAGGUAGAUACACGAAACAUGUCGUAUGUGAUAACGAAAUCAUGUAGCUGUCAGGAAAGUUUUGGUUUACUUGUAGAUCAGAAAAACUCUACUUUAAGCUUUUUGACAUCUCACCGUAUUCCCUCUUGGAGACAGCCUGUAAGAAAUUGAAUGUUUUGGCAACGGAAGCAACGUUUACUCCAUUCACCCAAACGAUCUACCAAAUCAAAGGUCCUAGCAGCAUCAAAAUGUCUGGUUCUCAUAGCCAAUAGACAACCUAGGACUCAAGUUCUGAGAUCACAAAUACUUCAGAGUAACUAAUGUUCUGGUUUUAAGAGUGACCCUGUUGACUGAUGGCUUUUGUCUGAACAUGCCAGUUAUUGUCAUGGUCACAACAGUGUUGAAACCUGAAAUCAAUGUCAUUGUGGAUGUAUCCUCAUAAGUUUUUUUAUUCAAAAGUCAAAUUAUGUUCAUUAGCUAUGUCUUUAAUAAAAGACUAACCCCCAAUUUCCACAGCAUCCGAAACAGAUACAAAAAAGCCCUAUCCGUCGAUUGUAGCUGACUGUAACCAGUGAAGUUAAUGUGUCAAUUUCCACCGGCUUCUUUCCAUUCCGCUGCAGAUCGCUGAACUCUGCAGCUGAUCGCAAGAGUUCCAAUUUUUUCCAGACGCCGGAGCAUGCCGGAUAAACUCAGUACAGAUUAACCUGUGCUGGAAAGGAAGUCGGGCACAGACACAUAACAAAACAUCCUGCUUCUUUGCAAAAUAAAACACUCAAUGUUUCCGGCGGAUCGUAUUUCACACCAAGCAAACAGGCGGGGACGAACAAGAAAAAGUUUGUGGACAGCAUUUCACCCUGAUGACACCAUGGAUGAGGAGAUGCUGAUUUUAUAAAUCUAGAAGAAGAUCUCCUCCUCUGGAAGGACACAAUCUACUGCUUAUAUGGUUAUGUAGCUGUCUUUAUAGAGACAACUCGUUAUUGCGCCAUUGCAUGUGAAUCCGCGGGUUCUUGUGAGUUCUUCCAAUUCCCACUGUCCGUAAUCUGCUACGAAAUUCGCCUCACAUAUGGAUUUGGAGGGAUUGGCAGAUGGCACCGUGCCUGAUGCGGUGGAAAUUGGGGUUUAGGUGCCUGCAAGGCGCAUGUUCAGCUGAAAGUGGCAGACUAGCAGCAUUACAGUUUAUUUUGAAACACUUGUGAAUUUGGCUGCCAGCCGUUAACUGUUUGGUGUAUCAGUUCAAGUUGGUUUUGACUAGAAAUAAGUAAUAUGAAGAGUUGAAAGUCUGAACGAGUGCGUGCAGUUAGUGAGAAAGUUAGAGUUGAAUUGUGGAUGUGAGUGAAUCACAUCAGGAAGACGGUUAGGAGCUAAUGUGGAGGAUCAUUUAGUUAAUUUAUGCUAAUCAGAAACAGGAUUAAUGUCCAUAUUACAACUUUAUCACCAAACAAAAUAGUGUGCUAGCUAACAGCCCAAUAUCUUGAUGGUUUUUUACCUGAUACACAGGCCCCGUUUGCUGUUAGAGUGUAGUUUUCUUGUCAUUAUGACCCAGGUUUCUUAUUUAGUGGUCCUGUGUGCUUGUAUUCAGCUGAAAAGGGUUUUUGAUUUCAGGAUAUUUCUUGACUUUUUGACCUGCUGUACCUGUCAACUGAUAAUAUAGUUUACAGCUUUUAGCUACAUGUGUAACCUGCAUGAGUUCACUCACAGGCUGGAUUUCUCUACCCAAACGUCUGUCCACUGAAUACUUGUUCUUGGUGAUGAUCUCUGUCCACUCACUGAUAUUAGAAAUAAUUAGAUAUUACAAUAAUCUGUUGAUUGACAGAGUAACUUAACUUGCUGUACUUCCGUUGCCAAAAUAUGGAUUCCCCCUCUAUGUACAUCAUCAUUGUUUACAGAAAAUUAAGCCGCCAAUGCUAAGCUAUGCUAACCAUCUCCUGGCUGUAGCUUCAUAUUAACCAGCCUUAUGACUUCUCCCAUUUUAUCACAGCACUUUUGUCAACAAAAUUGUUUAUCACAUCGUCCACCUUUUACUCAAACUUAAUAUGUUGUAACUUAAGCUGACAUUGCUGCAUUGUUGCUGUUUAUUGCUUAAGUUACACAACACUUGUUGAGCUAUUUUAAAGUUGCCUAAGAAGUUUUUCCUACAAACUAACUGUCCCAGUUCUGCCCCACUUAUUGGGUCUUUGAGCUAAGCUAGCUGUACUGGCAGCAGCCUCAGCUAUUGCCGGUAAACAUUAUAGUAAUAAUGUUGUUGUUAGUUUGCAGAAAGACAUUAAAGCUCCUGUGAGGAGUUUUUGUCUGGUUAUAAAACAGUCUGAAAUCGACACUGUUACCUCUUAAUGACCUUAUGAGGCAAACAAGAUCUUCGGCAACAAGAUUAAUUAUGUCUUUAUUUAUAGUAUGCAUGGCUGAAACUGCUGCUGCUGCUGCAGUGUAGGUGUCACACUAAGCUGGAUAUACUGGAUGCUUCAAAACAGCCUUUAAUCCAUGUCUAAAAUUCAGUCAUAAUAACAAUACAUUUUACUGUUGAGGUACAAUAGGAUGACUUUUAAAAUCUGUAUUUAAAAAACUGUAACACAGGUACAGGAGGUAGAUUUUAGUCCGCAGGGGGCUUGUUAGAGCCAAAUCCACAGAAGUUCCUAACUGGAGCUUUAAAAUGAGACGUAGUUUUGAGUUCUGUCAUUCCACACACUGAGGAAAAAGUAAUCAGGAAAUAGUUUUAUUAUACACCACACACCCCUGAUUAUAUUCUAAUGCCAUAAAAAUUUUACACACUGAGUAUUGAGGAUGUUUUUUACUCUCUUUGAACAUUUAGUUUGUGCAAAAGCUUAAACAUAGAGACCUCCUAAAGGGGGGAUUUCACUAUGGCAAUGUCACCAUGAUGUCACAGUAUUAGCAGGAGGAAAAAAGAAGUAAAAUACGACACACCACCACAGAGAGGAGGCGACAUAGGAGUCCUGAGAUGUCUUCUUUUACUGUCAGUCUGGUGCCAGAAUAGAAGAUGUAAUGUUAAUACUGAGCAUCUCAAAACUAAAAUUCUUCUAUAUACCAGCUACCAGAAACGGACACAACUUUGAGGUGACAAAGGUCAUCAGCAAAAAUACUCAUGAUUGCCAUGCAGACUUCAUAAACAGUGUAAUUACCAUGGAAAGGAUGGAUGACAUGAUGUACUGUAUACUAUGUAUUCAGUUUUUCGUUGAAGGGCAGCUGGGCUUGUUUAAGGUUCUUGAAGAUGUUCCUCCUUUCCUCCAAAUGGUUUCUUUAGUUCUAAGGUGCCUGGGGCCAAAGCUGGACAGCCUCUGUUGGUCCGCCCCAUGUAAAAGAGGUGGGUCGUCACUAGUAGGGAUGUUGACCUGAUUUCACUUGAGCGGGUUCCUUACUGGAUUUUUUCAGGUUUGCCAUGCUUGUAUGAUGUUGGAGCCUGCAAUCCAGCACAAAAGCACUGUUUUGAUUGUUGUCUAAAGGAAUCCAAAGCAGGAUUGUAAAUGGAGGAUAAGAAGUGUCUUAGUCCACCGCCUCUGUUCAAGGAUGGUUUCUCCAGUUUGACAAAGAUGGCCUCUUUCAAACCAGAGGUCUUCCCUGGCCAGUAUCCUAACAUCGCUGUCUUCAAAGGAAUUUCCUGUACCCUUCAGAUGUAGGUGAACAGCUGAGUCCUGACCAGAAGAGAUGUCUCUCCUGUUUUGGGCCAUGCAUCUGUUUAAUGGCCGUUUUGUUUCCCCGAUGUACGAGGCCCUGCAUUCAGGGCUUUUACGGCGCGCACCGCAUUGCUCUUUUUGUGCUUGGGGUUUUUGUGAACCAGCCUCUGUCUCAUUGUUUACAACGUAUACAAAGUAUUAUCGAUACCGUCCUUUGUGCGAUGGCCACAGUUGUAAGCCACAAAUACAGUAGCAUCUAAAAACUUGCUCGUCCAAGUUUGGCUCUACCAUACACACUUGUUUUUUUUAGUCAAGAGUAGAGAGUAAAAGUCUUACCUUUACACCUUUGGUAGUCCUGUCUUCCAUCUUUGAAAACAAACAAACAAAAAAGGGCAUUUAAGAGAUUUAAAAAGCUUUUGUUAUACAAUACAAUAAAAAAAAACAAGAACUUUAUUUAGCCCCAAAUGGAACUUGGUUUCAUAAACGUUAUGUUAUUGUCUUUCUUUAACCCACAGUUUUGGUCCUAACAUGUUUUAUCAGGACAAAAGGCCCCCAUGCUUGUGUCCCUCUGUUGGUCAUCUGGAAUACUGUAGUGCAGGGACAGUUUUUUUAACUCUUCAGCUCUAAUCUAAAACCGAUCUCCUGAAAACAAACCUCAGAUUUACAGUGUAUGAUCAUGUAGCAUUGUUGUGCAGUUCCUCCCUUCAGCCUGAGUGCAGCCUGGUAUGGAUCGCUGCUAAUCAGACAUUUUAUUCAGGCCUUUUGGCAAGUCCUUGCGUGGCUCUGGAUUAUCCUCUGCUCCCCUCUUCCUCCCAGUCAUCAUAAUCACACUUGUCUAAUCUUAUCAAACCUGAGCUUUAUCCCUGCCAAUCAGCUCCCGCGCUGUGCUCUUUUCCUCCACUCACUCUCCUGUGAUCCAGUUUUAUUCUCUCUUACCCCACCCUCCUGCUCUUAUCCCAAAUUCCCUCUUUUUCUCCGUCUUUAUCUUGUUGUGCUUUCCCCUCUGUCAUGGCAAUAGGGUCAACCUUGACCCGUCCAAGCGCCAGGGCUCAAACAAAUCAGUGUCGGGUUGUACUCUUCCACAAGGAUCAAAAACAGUUAGUAAGUUCCCGUGUCUCUCGCUUCUUUCUGGUCUGCCUGCGCCGCCCCACCCGUCUGCCUGCUCACAGGAACUGUUCAAACUUCCUGCCUAACUUUUUCAUUUCUCCACUUUGAAAUGUUGUCUGCAUGAAAUGUUAAUUCAUACUGUCAACAUCCCACACACUUAGUUUGAAGCAUGGCCACAGUCAAGGGAGAUUCAUUCAUUUAGUUUCAUUUUAAUUUAUUCAGAUUUUUUAAGUUUCCGGAUUAAUGUCAUUGUUGGUGAAAAAGGUGUUUUCAUCUUCUCUGUUAUGACCUUGUGCACCAAGUCCCCUCAGAAACUGUGUUUUCAUUUUGUGGUUUAAAAGUCAUUUAUUGUUUAUGCUGUCUGUUGUUUGGUUAAAAAUAUGGACGAAGAGGCAAGUGAGAAAAAUGUGGUUAAUCCAUUUUUCAAAGUCAUAUCUAAAUAAUUGUGUGUGUGUGUUUAUGAAAAAGACAAGUAAAAACAUGAAUGAACUUUUUUCGUCCUGGUUGCGGAAAAUGGUCUUCAGCUUCACUUUAUAAUUACACAAUCUCCUGACUUGCAAACAAGUCUGCAUCCAGAAACAAGACAGCAACCCAAGUCCUGAGCAGCAUCACAGUGUACAUAAUAUACAAAUAAAGAGUACAGUAUUUAAAGUGUGGAGAAAGUUAACACUGGCAAACAUGUAUGUCAUAAACAGCUGGAAAUAGAAUACAACAGAAGAUGGGGUCAUUGGCAUCAGGUGAAGAAAAACCCAGAUAAACCCUUGAGAGUCGAGGAAAUGAUACCUGUCUGAAGGCUGGUAAAUCAGGGUGUUUUUUAAAAAAUACUGAAUCCCACCUUGUUAUGGUUCAUUAGAAUCAGAAUCAGAAUUGUAAAAACAUCACAACGAGAUUUGGGUGCAUCUCCAAAAUGCUUUGAGGUAGAUAAAAACAAGAUAAUAAAAAUAGAUAAAUAUUGUACAACUAAGUAAAAAGACCCAUGUAAAAUGUAGUGAAUAUAGUAAAAGAAGAGAGUAGGAAUGUAAAACCAAUUGAUGAGUAAUUACCACAAGUAAUGCCACUUUCUUGUGGUUCAGUACCUCAAGAAAAAAAAAAAAGAAAAUUAGACUGAAAAAUGGAAGACCAGAAUUUCUCCACUUGCCUCUCAGAUUUGUGUAAGAAUAGAUCGUAAUGCAUCAUACCUGAAAUGAACCGAUCAACAGAGACUGUGUUUCUACCUGCAUGCUUGUAGAGUAGUGAAUGAGAGCAAAGGUGAGUUGAGUAUCAUGACAUUGAGUUCAUCACAUGCUUGAUGUUGAUGCCUGCUGUGUCUCACUGUCUGAUUUCUACUGAAUGCCGUCUGCUGUGAGAGUUGUGGUUGUACUGUGUUACCUCUCACCCUGCCUUUUUCUCCUCCAGGGUCACAAAUGAAUCUGAGGGAGUCAGGAGAUUUGCGGUCACAAGGUCAGUACACAUAGAAACUGGAGUGACAAAUAUUGUUUAUUGAGAAAGAGAGUUUAUUUCUAACCCAUAGGUUAAAAUCUAAUAUUUUAUGAAAUGUCUUUGAUCAAGAAAGGAUCUUCAAGCAGUUUAUAGAUCAACAGCUACACCCAUUUAAGUCUUUAAGAUAAUUGGAGUGAAUGAAAUUAAACAUUUGGACAUAUCUGCAGCUUGUUUUUCAGUCCGUGUGUGUGGGGGGCACAAAGGUGUUUUCUUCUUCUUCUCUUUCAUCUCACUGUCAAAAUCAAAUGAGGUAGUGAACUGAAGAAAAGAGCCUGUGUGAGCCAGUUCACCCAGCAAGCACAGUCAUGUGGUUUCUCUGAAAUCCACUGAAAAACAUUUUUUUUUUUUUUUUUUUUUUUUUUUUACAUACUCAAUGUAGAUUCCGACUGAAAUCUUACAGAAGAUAGGAGUUUCACAGGCUCAUCUGAUGUCGCAGAGAUCCACACAGGAAUGAAUAGGCUGGCUGUGGACUUGUCUCUGCACAUACUGAACAUAAGUUGAAACAAGGCAGUAACACCCCCAAAAAGCACUCUUUUGUACACUAGUCAAUUCUUCAAAUGAAUAUGGAGCUGAAUCCCUGAUCUAAAGAACAUUGAAGGCCUCUGAUUAUGAAAAUGUUUUAUCAUGUUUUUUUUUUUUUUUUAAUUUAUCCUUUCAUGUUUGCUGUAAGUGGAGCAGCAGUCAAAUUUCAGACUUUGACAAUAAAGUCAUUACUCAGUGAACAAUUUAAAAAUCUUGUCUUAAAAUCAGACAACGCUCUCAGUUUCUGGUCUGAGCUCAUCUGAGAUACUGACCCUUAAAAAGUCUCAAAUUAGAUUAAUAUAACAGAUACUUAAGGCACAGAGCUGUAAAGCUAUCAGCGUUUUUACUGCUUAAUAUACAAACAAUCAGCCUUUCGCUAACUAGUUUGUUGAUUAUUUUGUUAAGCGAUUCAACAGGUUAACCAGGUGACAGAACUAGAAGACAGGGGGAAUACCACUUCAUGUAAACAUUCUGACUGUGAUUCCUCAAAAGUUUUCAUGGUUUUGAGACGCUAAUCAUGGUUUCUGUUUCUUCCCUCCACUUUAUAGUUGCCAUCUACCUGGGAAUCAAAAAACGUCCGAGCCCCGGGCCGUCGGACGUGGCUGGGAUCUGAGAGGUGGUGGGCGGCGGGACCCUGCAGAGGUGGUACUGGCUCUGCGGGAAGCGGCACUUGGAUGUGGUUGUCAGGUCCACCUUGCCGGCCCCUUUCUGCUGUCCUGCACCCACGGCGUAGCAGGGGGCCGUGUGGCUUUUGAGGCCGAGGUGUGCCAUCUUUCCACGGGCACCUCCGAGACUUCUAACGGGGUGCGCUACACAAGACUUUGGGGGGCGCCACUAGCUUUUCGGGACAUUGCCACCCAAAUCUCUAAAGACCUUGAACUUUGAACCGGAGGGGGUGUUUGCGUACCAGUGUGUGUUUUUGUGUGAGCGAGUGUAGAUGUGUGUGCACAAAGGGAGGGGGGUGUAAACAACUGAAGAAAAAAAUAGUGGAGAAGGGACGAGGGGCUGGACCCAAGAGAAAAGACUUCUCCUUCUGUCUCCUUCAUGACUUACUCCCCUUCCCCCCACACACACAAACACACACAGAUACACACACACACGCACACGCACAUCUGACCCAUAAGUCACGCAGACUGGAGCACCCCCCUCCACCCAAUCACCCCACUGAGAUCAGCCAACUUCUUCACUGAGCCUCUGCACCCACUGGACCUGGAUCAGACAGAAGCUAGUUGAUUUUUUUAUUGCUACUCUAGCCAUAAUGACUCUUUAUUUUGUUAUUUAUUGCUCUGAUCAUUGUUUUUACCCACCGUCUCCUCCACAGCUACUGAAAAACACCAUCUCUCUGUGUAUCUCUCAGCCCUUUUUUAUAUGUCACCUCGACACAAACUGUUCAUUUUUCCCUCCUGUACGGAUGACCUGAUUAUCUGCUGACUCUUCAUCACCUGGGGACAAUCACAUGCACACAAAGGUGGAGAUGGUGCGACUCAGUGAUCAGAUAAGCAGCCGCAGAGGGUUGCAUUGCUUUGAUUCCUGUACAUACAGCAGUGACGACCGCACUGGAUUAAGGUCAGUGAGAGCAGCGCUGACAGGCUUUAAAGCAGCCAAUCAGAGGCAGACCUGGAGGAAAAAUCAGUGACAUCUUCCACUUCAUGAGCUCAUAGUCAUUACCUCUUAGUCACAUUACUUUACCUGCAUGUGACAGGCAGAAAGCUAGGAGGACUCUUGAAGGUGUUGUCACCUUGAUUCUUUCUAUUUGUUUUGGACAGCCAUCUCUAAAGUAUUUAAUUUGUUACCGUAGUUGUUGCCAACAUGUUUCAUCUCUUUGCCAGAAUUGAACAUGUUUGGCUCAAAGUUGCCAAAGCAUUUACCAAUUGUUUUGGUACAUGGAAAUCAACCCGGAUUACAGCCCUGCAGUAACAAGCUGAAGUUGGCAUCAAAUAUUGACAUUUUGUAAAGCCUAAAACGGGUGCAAAAGGGUGGGUGUCAGCCAAGCAGUGCAGAAACAGAAUAUUCAGAAUGUUUAAGCAUGUUCAUUUAAAUGUAUAUGUAAACACACAAAGUAAGCCAAUGCUCACACUAUCUUAGCUGGUUAAAUGCUUUCAGCCUUCAGCAAAAUACAAUUCCACAGACUCACCCCCUUCUGGUGGUUAGAAAUAAUGCAGGAUACGUCAAGCCUGAAUUCAUUAUUUUUCAGCAGUCCGUCUCCAAGAGUGUAAAGAGACGCCUGUUAAGACUAAAGCACACACGCUGCUCUAUAUGACUGAGGUCAUUUCCUGUCAGCGCUGCUCAUCAUCAUUAAAACUGUUGGGUGUAUUUUAGGUUUUAAAAUCUUCAUUGGUCACGCUGUUACCUUUCUUCAGACUGAUGUAUGAAGGGAGGCGGGCACACAGUUUCAAGUGUCUUUCCUAACAGUAGACAUACUGGAAGGCCUUUUUGCACAUAAUAAGUAUCACCAGGAGAUCCAAUGUGAUUUUUGAAUUCACAGUUGGCAAGAAUUUACUCUGCCCCCCUUGAUAAGUAGGACUGGGCGAUAUGGUCAUUUUAUUUAUUGAGGUGGAUUUUAAUAGUUGAAAAUCUGGAUUUUCUCUUAAACUUUCUCCACUCCUCCCCCUCAGACUCUUACGCUGACGCCCUUCUUCUCAUUAACUACUGACAGAUGCUCAUAUAAGUAACAUUCCUGCCAGCAUUAAUGCAGAGUUUGCUCCCAAAAAAACGAUCCUGUUAGUCAUUUUGAGCUAGUUCAGUGUUGUGGGGGCUGGACAGCAAACUAACCACUUUCAAUCAGGGAAAGAAAAAUAAUAAUUAAUAAAAACUGUGAAUAAAGUUUGUCCUGAAAAUAUAUAUUUUUAUUGUAGGCUAUACCACCCAGUCCUCUUAUUAAAGCUUCAAGAAGAAUUGCGUUUCAUCAUACCACAUCAUGAAGAAGUAGCAAUCCAUUUUAUCCAUCUGAUAGUUUGGGAUUUUAUUUUUCUGAGCCCUCACUUUGUCUGAGUCUGUCUCCAUGAUUUGUAGCAAAAAGAGUGUCCUGUCAAAACUGAAGUCUUUGCCUUUAAUUUUUACCGUGCAAGAGAAAAUGCACAAAGAAAACAAAUACUCCUGCACAAAAGAAAAAAAAAGACCUCAAAUCAUCCAGAUGUGGAUGUGCAGAAAACGUAGACCAAACAGGACUGCUGGUUUUGGAAAUUUGAGAAGAAAUUUUACCUUUAAAUUGGGUAAAAAGGCAGAAUUUGUAGAUUGUAGAUUUGCAUGGGUCUAAGACAGCCAUCAGAUAUUGAAGCCCUGUUUCCAAAAUAGCUAAAGCCCUCUGCAUAAUGUUGAUAAAAACAGGUAUUGAUGGUUUUUAUUUCAUUAAAGCUUAUAUUGAUUGAAAAUAGUGCAAAAACAACAUGUCAAAUGUUCAAGUGAAAAUUUUAAUUUUUUUAAAAAUGCUUAUUUUAAAAUUUAGGCCAGUGACACGUUUCAGUAAAGUUGAGACAGGGUCAAGCAAACCCUAAAAAAUGAUGUGUGGUGCUAAAACAAAAGCCAGAGGAACAUCUCCCAACUAAUGAGGUUUAUUUUUAACAGGUUAGUAAUGUGACCAGGUGUGAAGGGACCUUUACCCAUUCAAGAGAGGCUACAGAAGUAAAGGUGCAGAAAACACUUUUGUUAUACUUAUACUGUGCAAAAAGCCCUUAUGACUGCUUUAUUUCACUGCAAUGCAAUUCUUUAGUUAUAUAUUAUGUGCCAUGUGAUCUCAUCUCAGCCGUCAUCUCAGUAUGUUAAUAGGAAACACCAAAAGUAGACGAGCCAAACAGGGAAAACCCCUCAGAUUACACACACACGCACACACACACACACAGAUAAAGAAACACCCACUUCCGAACGUCCACCCUGUCCUUUACCUGUGGGGCUCAGAGGGGGGGAGUGUGUUGACUCUGAAAAGGCACGAUGAAGGCAGUGUGUGCACAGUGUUUUCUUUUUGUUAGUCCAGUUGCCUUUAAAGUGAACAACCCCCAGCGCCUUCAUUCAGAAACAUGUAUCAUGUAUUUAAAAAAAGAGAGACAGAGAAAAGUGAGGAGGCUUUCUGUUCUCCCUCCCUGUUUUUAGUGAAUAACGUACUGUGAUAUUUACGUAGGCUACAGAGAUCAUGUUGUUUGGCUGCUGAUUUACUGUUGAUACUAUCUCUCAGUUGUGGCUUUGCUCAUGGUGACCCAAAAACACCCUCCAUCUCUUUUCCCCCACCCUGCCAUCAAACAGGGACGCAAACCUUAAUGGUCCACCAACUUCGUAUGUAACACUGACUUUUUUCUAUGGUCACACUGAGCGUUUUCACCGUUGAGACCCUGUGUUCUCGCAGGGAGACUCUCGCCAUCGUCCACACUCUCACAUCGUAGACCCAUAUUUGACAGUCCUGUUUGGUGUGAGCUGUUUCAUGAAGCACACACCGAUAAGGACGCAGGAGUCUGUCCUUGUCCUCUCCUUGGACGUUUCUCAUUGUGGUGUAUAUUAGCAUUAGGUAAUAUAGACCUCAAUGCACUUUGCUUUGACUUGAAUCAGCUCCUUCCAGUGUACCUGUACAGGUAAUAUCCAGAACUAGCCACUGGAGGGCGCCAAUGUCUUAAAUGUGAAACACUUCAAUUUGUGGAUAUUUGCACAGGUACUUUAUUUAUUUUUUAGAAUAAUAUCAUUUAAAAAACAGGAUUUAUAUCAGUCAGUUGAUGGCUGUAUAUAAAAUAUAUGAAUAUAGUAUAUAUCUUAGAGCUCAAGGUUUAUUUAUAGCUAGAGCAAGGGAAGUAAUUCUAGUUUAAAGCAGAUUCUGUCAGUGACAAUGGGGAACAAAACCAACCUGCAAUCCUGCAUGACUUCAGAGGAGAAAAAAAUGAAAUAUGAUGCACACCCAGGAUUGGAAGCUUUGUGAAAUACAGAGAAAUGUUUUUAGAUAUGACUCAAAACAAGUAAUUGGUGCUCAAUGUUGCACCAGGUCCUGCUCCCUUUUACAGAACAGUAACAGGUGAAAGACAGUGACUACAGGGUGCUUUGGUUUGCUCAAGAGGGCUCCUGACUUCUUGUAAGUGUUUGAAUAUGCCAUGAAAUGAACCACAGUGUGCAGACUGAGGGAGAAACCUUCUGUGCGGACAAUUAGACUGGAGAAAAAAAGUUUGUGUUGUUUGGUUCUAAAUUAACUUGAAUUCACUCUCUAAAGCCCCCCGACAUGUUGGAAACCCUGGGUUGCAUUCAAGCCAUAGAAAUGUUUUGUCACUGACUCCUGUUUGACGAUUUGAAUCAGGUUGUUUGUGAAACCGGCUUAAAAGCUAAUAAAUUAGUGUGCAACAACUCACUCUUAGUAUCAGAUGGAUAAACAUUGUCUUAAGGUGGAAUCUACUGUGAAAACUUCUUAAAAAAGAGUUGUGUUGAGUACCUGAGUGUGUUACUGGUCUGGUUUAGAUGGUGAUGGUACAGUAUUAGGACCCCAGGGGGCGCAGUAUUAAACAUGCACUGUCAUCUUUGGAAACAGUUGAUGUUAAAAGAGACUGGUGGUGAACACACAGUUUGACCUGUAUGAGUAAUUUUACAUCCUCUACUGUUGAAUUCCUCCAUCUCAGAAACAAACUGUUUGCUGAGAUGGAGAGUUUGUGCUAAUAAGGAGAACACGGAGCUGAAGAUUAAUAAAACUCACUGAUGUUGGCAUUUUUUCCUUCAUUUGUGUGUCUUUUUUUCUUUGAUUACUAACAACUCUUACAGUUAAGCCUAGUUAUUUAGCUGGUGUUAUAACUCCAGGGGCAGCAGUGAAACAUUUUA